AUGGAGGAUCUUUGCAGUCUGAGCGGUCUGGAUCCUCUCUGGGUGAGUUUGGACUUUAAACUUUAUUUAUUCCAACAGACUGAUUGAUUAUGGGCAGCACAGUGGUUUAAUGGUUAGCACUGUCGCCUCACAGCAAGAAGGGUUCAAAUUCGGCUCAGGGUGUUUGCAUGUUCUCCUUGUGUCUGUGUGGGUUUACUCUGGGAACUCCGGUUUCCUCCCACAUCCCGAAAACAAGCACAAGUGAGGUUUGGUUAAUUGGGCACUUUAAGAUUGUCCGUAGGUGUGAAUGUGAGCGUGGACGGUUGUUCGUCUCUAUAUGUCAGCCCUGCAAUGAAUUGGCAACUUGUCCAGGGUGUCCCUUGCCUUUGUCUGAAGAUGCUGGGAUAGGCUCCAGCCCCCCCACAACCCGGGGAACGGGAAUAAGCGGUAGAAAAUAAAUGGAUGAUUGAUUAUUACUGAAGAAAUUCUGAUGAUUUUAUUUUUAAUAUUUAACUUUAAAGAUGAAAAAUGUUUCAGCCUGAACAGUGUCGGUUCACUCACAGGGUUUGUGGUUCGAUUGCCAAAGAGACUCUGGGUUCUGGAUCUUGGUCCGGACCAAACUGAACCACGGUCUGGUUUUUGCCCAGUGUGAGAGUUUUUGUUGAAAUGUUCGGACCUUUGUACCAAAGACAGGAAAUGACAUGAGGAAUCGAAGAGUCGGUUCUUCUGCUGACUGGAGUUCAUCCAGGAACAGGAAGUGAUGUCAUAGAUAAAGAUAAAUGAUUUACAGCUGAUCUCAGAGGUUUACAGACUUCCUGUCCAGAGUCGCUCGCAGGUUUACUUCCUUUCUUCUCACUUCCUGUUGACCACGAUAAAGUCGUCGUCUAACGAUUAAAUUCAUGAGAUGAACUCGGACCAGCGUCAUGUUCCACUCCAAGUUUUUGCUGUUGGUUAAAAAAAAAUUAACGGUGGGAAUGAUGAUGUCAUCCAUGAUGUCAUCCAUGUUAUUCACUGUGUCAAUGUAAGUUGCUCGCUAGCAAGACAAGCAACCAGUGUGAAGAAUAGAGACGCGCAGAGCGAUUGACACGACAUCACAUAGAUUUACCCCCCCUUUCACUCUCACACAGUAAGACUUCCUGUUUCCUGUUUCCUUCACUCUUCGUAGGGAUGAUUUUUUUAAUUUUAGUUUCUGUGAAACUAACAUAAGUUUAAACGAAUUUAUGAACAUAAAUUUAAACGAAGAUUUUCAAACCUAUACUACCCCCCCCGUCUUGUGGUCUCAGGACUGGAACCUGACCUGGUACACGUCUAGACCAGACCUGACCCAGUGUUUCCAGCACACGGUUCUGGUCUGGUUCCCCUGUCUUUACCUGUGGACCUGUUCUCCGCUCUAUCUGAUCUACCUGCAGCUCCGCCCACACCGAGGAGGCCGCCUCCCCCUUUCCAAGCUCUGCUGCAGUAAGACGGUACGAGGACCCGGUCUAGACCGGAUCUAGACCGGGUCUGUUUUGUCUAAACUUAGUCCAUCGGGUCUGAACCAGGUCUAAUCCUGGUCUGAUCUUGGUCUUAAUUUAGUCUGAACUGGUCUGGUCUAAUCCUGAUCCUGGUCUAAUCCUUGUCUAAUCUUAACGGGACCCCAGCUUGUUCUGGACUCAGGUGGUCUUUAUCUGGUCCAGGUCUAGUCCUGACCCCGGUCUGUUCUGGUCUAGAUCUGGUCUAUAGUAAGACCUCUUUAUUAAAAAAACUAAAUCCCAGACCAGGACCAGGACCAGGACCGCUGAAGGUCGGUCAAACAGGAUCAGUAGGACUUUCCAAAAAGUUCUUGAUGUCCUCAGAGUCCUGAGAUUAGGUCCAUGACCCAGUUUUCCCAUCAGGACUUUGAUCGGCCAAUCAGAGCUCAGAAUGUGUCAGUCACCUGUUCACAGGUUGACCUCGCCCCCUCUGACAGGAACCUUUUCUGAGUCCAGGUUCUGGUCUCUGUUGACCCCUCAGCUCCUGGGUCUCAGUCUGGCCUCCUUUGGUCUCCUGGAGAUCUUCUACAUCCUGGUCCGGAAGAACGAGGAGAUCCAGAACCACGUCCUGAUCCUGAUUGGUCCACUGGUCAGAAGUCUGACCCUGGUAAGAGCCUCCAUCUUUAAAAGGGCAACUGGUUACUACGGCAACCGUUUAAUCCACCAAUCAGCAUAAAGACAGAACCCCCCCCCCUUCCUCUCCCUUAUCUUCCGCCUCCUCCUCUUUCUCCUCCUCCUUCCUCCUCUUUCUCCUCCUCUUCACCUCCUCCUCUCCUUUUCCUCCUCUUCCUCCUCCUUCUCUUCUUCUUCUUCCUCCUCCUCAACCUCUUCCUCCUCUUCUCUUCCGCCUCCUCUUCCUCCUCUUCUCUCCUCCUCUCCUUCCCCCCUCUUCCUCCUCCUCUCUCCUCCUCCUCCUACCCCCCCCCCCCUUCUCCUCCUCCUCCUCCUCAGAUUCUGGCUGUGGUUCUUAUCCAGGUGGAGAGGAUGAAGGGUACCCGUUCUUCAGUUCUCCUCUUCUUCUUCUGGAGUCUCCUGGUUCUGUGUUCCCUGGUCCCUCUGAAGGCUGAUAUCGAGCAGAUUAUUGAUCAGGUAAGAAUGGUUGCUCAUGAUUGAUUGAUCAGGUCUGAAUAAUUGAUCAUGAUUGAUUGAUCAGGUCUGACCCGUGGAUCCUGAAGAGGAUAUUUUCAGUGUUUGUUGGCAGACUGUAUAUUUUAGUUCUUAUGUGGAAAAUCUGAAAAUACAAAAAACCCCCACAAAAACAAUAAUCAAUAAUGGAGGUGAUUAAAUAGAGCUGAUCAAUAAAAGAGUAGAACUAAUUAAAGAAAGAAAACACUCAAGAAAAGGACGGAGCUCCUCUGGUGCAAUUAUUUUAAAAUUAAUAAUAAUAAUAAUAAUAAUAAUAAUAAUAAUAAUAAUAAUAAUAAUAAUAAUAAUAAUAAUACAUUACGCCGUGAAAAUAACAAAACUCCUCCUGUUACAAAAACAGAAAAACCCUCAUCCAUGAAUUAUUAACAGCAGACAACACUGAAGGACGGGGAAACAUUGCAUUAUUUUUUUAUCCAAAGUCACCAGUCUCAGACAAAAAGGACGACAAAGCACUAAUAAUAGAAACAGAGAGGGAGAGUUUUUCACAAAUAAGUUUUUGACAGAAUGUUUAAAAAGACCUCGGAGGAAGUUUGUGAAGAGGGAGUGACCUCCAAAUGGCGUCUGUUUAAUAUCCUGAAUUUGAUAUAAAGUGGUUUGUGAAAAGGGGGAACUGAAGCUGAAGAGCUGUUAGGGUCAUAAGACUGGAGUGGGACCGGGUCGGACAGGGUCGGACGUGGUGGGACCAGGUGGGACUCAUGUGUCCCCAAACAGUCCAGAUGUUGUCCUCAGUGUAGAUCUGAGUCUGGUCUGUUCUCCCUUCUCUCAGUUCUUCUCUCUCAGCUGCAGAAUUUCACAUGAAACCGUCAGUCUCACCUCAGGGGUCCCUGACUUUAAUUCACAUCAUGUGGACGUAAACACAGAGUUUAGAGGGGUUCACAGGGUUUGAGUUCACAGGUCACACUCAGCUGCUAAUGAAAAAACAAAGAUUUGAUGAUUUUUAAGCAUGGACACUUUGAACUCACUAAUACGAAUCAAACAAACAGGCGGUUCAGAUAUAACCUCCUGAUGUUUUUCAGAAGGUUUAUCUUAGUUUUAUUUUUAGUUUAACUCUAGUUAUAUUUUUAUUUUAUUUUUGGUUUAUUUUUAUUUUAUUUUUUGUUUAUCAUUAGUUUGGUUUAGUUUUAUUUUUUAUCUUAUUCUUGUUUUAUUUUCGUUUUAUUUUUGUUACAUUUUCAUUUCAUUUUUGGUUUAUCUUUAAUUAUUUUUGUUUUAUUUUGUAGUUUAUUUUUAGUUUAUUUAUAUUUUCUUUUUGUUUUAUUUCUAGUUCAUUUUGGUUUUAUUUUUGUUAUUCUUUUGUUAAUCUUUAGUUUAUUUUUGUUUUGUGUUGGUUUAUUUUUGUUUUAUGUUUUGGUUACUUUUGGUAAUAUUUGUUGUUUAUCUUUGUUUUGUUUUUAGUUUAUUUUGUUUUAUUUUUAGGUUACUUUUGGUUUAUUUUAGUUCUUUUCAAUUCAUUUUAGUUUAUUUUUUGUUUAUUUGUGUUUUGUGUUGGUUUAUUUUUGUUUUAUUUUAAUUUAUUUUUGUGUUAUUUUCAGUUUAUUUUUGUUUUAUUUUGUAUUAUUUUUGGUUUCUUUUUGGUUUCUUUUAGUUUAUUCUUGGGGGGUGUUUGUUUUAUUUUUGGGUUAUUUUUGGUUUAUUACACAGCGAUUAAAAACUUUGUCCUUUUCCGCUGCAGUCUUUAUGUAGUUACGAUUAUCAGAGCGCUCUUACAGACACAAAAGCUGUGGAGGAAAAACUCUAAAAAUCAAAUAAGUUUAAAAAAUAAAUAAAAUUAUGUCUCCCAAUUAUCUGACCUCUGACAUUUGACCUCUGACCUCUGACCUGUUUGUUUUAGGGAUUCUCUUCAGACCCGAUCCGCUUCAUGGCAUUCUUUAUCUGUUUUUCUCUCCAACUCGCCGAGCUCGUCCUCAGCUGCUUCUCCGACUGCAGACCACUUUUUCAGAAACACACACAUGUUCAGGUAACACACCUGUGUCCACGUACUAAACACCCAGGUAACACACACUCGGGUAACACACUUUUGUCCACAUACUACACACCCAGGUAACACACACUCAGGUAACACACCUGUGUCCACGUAAUACACACUCAUGUAACACACACUCAGGUAACACACCUGUGUUUCAGUCAUUCACUUAAAGAUGAAAUUUUUCCGUCUCUAGAACCCGUGUCCUGAAGAAGACGCUUCAUUUCUCUCCAGAUUUUUCUUCUUUUGGUUCAGCAGGUAAGAACCUGUUCAACUCUGAGGACCAGUAUCAGCUGGUCAAUAGGGGGUGCUAAAGAGCUGCCCCCCCCCCCCCCGGAGAAUAACAGAAGAUUAUUUAACAGUCAGAUUAAGAUUGAAGUUUUUUAAAUAUUUUUACCAACUGAGCAAAAUGAUUCCCCUUACCCACAGGAAGUGAAUUUGUAGCGUAGUGCAACCCCCCGCAUAUAGAGAAAACAACGUGCUCACAACAGGUUGUUUUUCCUUUCUGUGGUCGAUUUCCUAAUAAUUUGGAUAUAAUUCAGUGACUGUUGAGCCUCUACUAUAUGUGAAAAAGCUUGAAGUGAUUUUACAGUUUGUGUUUUUGCAGGUUUACUCAUGUUUAAUAAAGUGAACUCUGUUCGUUUAUGCUGUGCUGUUACCUUCAGACAGAGUUAGCAGUUCAAAGUCCUGUUGGGGUCCACAUGGAUCAGGGAUUGACCAUCGGAUUGUUCUGUGUUACUGAUAAAUCCAGAACCAGGAAGGAUUUCUCAUCUACACCAACUGAUACACAGUCAGGAGUUCACAUAUGGGGUUUUAUUUGAAAUUUACAGGAUGAUGUACGGUUUCUGUGCUUGACUUACUGUCUGCAAUGAUCUCCUCUGUGUUGAUUGAGAAAAUAGGUUGUGAGGAGGUCAGUGCAGACUGUAAGGAGGUCUUUUGUUCAUUAAAAUCAAACAGAAGAAAAAAAAACUCUUGAAAAACGUCAUUCUCAGAAAAAUCUUAAAAACUGAACAAACUGAAGUGGAAAAAGUUUCUUAAUUCAGCAAACGCAGUUCGACUAACAAAGUCCACCGUCUGAUUUAAAUUAGUAUUUUUGUUGAUGAUUAAUUUUUUUUUUUUCUCAUCAGUUUAGUUGUUAGGGGUUACCGGUGCCCCCUGCUGGCUGCUGAUUUGUGGUCCCUCCGGGAGCAGGACUCAUCAGACCGGAUCAUGGCAGACCUCGGGGAGUUGUGGACUCAGAACUGCAAACAGCAACAGUAUGUCGAAUCCUUCAGUCUGAAUUUUAAAGUAUUUCAUGUGUUUUAUCAGACACUGCUGUGUGGGGCUACUUUUAUAUUUUUUUCUAUAUUUUAUAUUCAUUUGUGUAUCUAAUAUUUAUCUUUGAUACUUUGUUCUGGUUAAAAGCACCAAAUGAGAGGAUCUCAUGACUGUAAAUAUUUAACAUUAAAUGUAAUAUUUUUUUAUGAUUAACAUUUUUUUAUUUCCAUUUUUCUUUUAAACAGUACAAACACAAACACAAAAACACAAAACAUCCCUCCCUCCCUCCCCAAGUCACCACCAACUGCACUCAUUCCUCUCUGGCUUGCAAAGUACGCCACUGUGCUACUCCUUGUACCACUUGCCUUGUUGGAUCGGCUGCAUCAAUGUAGCUAAACAUAAAGCAAUCACAAUCUCUACACAAAUCAUCGUUGAGAUACAAGAAAAUAUAUGAAUAAAAUAAGAUAAAAUAAUAAAUAAAAAAUAUUAAUAAGUAUAUAACAAUAAAUAUACAUAUACAUACACAUACUAUAAAAUAGAAUAAUAACUAUAGUAAUAGAAAAUAUACAAUAUAUAUACUAUAUGUAAUUAUAAUUAUAUCAAUUCACAAAAUAUAAAUGAUAUAUACAUAGAAAUAAAUAAAUACAUAAAUAAAUAUAUAAAAAUAACUGAAUACAUACAAACACCUAAUAAGCAAGUAAUUUAAAAUAAUGAGUAAAAAAAAAAAAAAAAAAAAGACUAUAGAUAGUAAUGGAAAUUAUAACAGAACAGGAGACAUCAUUAAAGUAACACCCAUAACAACUUAAUAUAUAUGUAUAUAUAUUAACAUCUAAAUAUACAUGUAUGCCCAUGCAUACACAUAUACACAGACACAAAAGGGUUAACAAAUACAAAUGGAAACAACAAUAAAAAAAAAUAAAUAAAUAUAUAUAUACAUACAUACAUACAUACACACACAUAUACAUAUAUAUAUAUAUAUAUACAUACACAUGUAGAUGCAUAUACACAUAAUAAUAAUAAUAAUAAUAAUAGUAAUAGUGAUAGAAAUAAUAAAUAAAUGAGUAAAUAAAUAAAUAAGCAAGUAAAUAAAUUUAAAAUAAAUCGUUGCCGUUCUCCUAUAUAUGUUUGUCCACAAUUAUUUAAAACUUGGAAAUUGCAUCUCUCGCCUAUAUGACCAUUUUUAUAGUCUUCUUAAGAAUUUUAAGUAUUUCCCCCAUUUUGCUUCGAAAAGAUCCAGUCUGCCCAACUGUCUAUAUGACAUUUUUUCAAACGCUGCAACUCGUGCCAUCUCCACUGCCCAUUCCUGAAAAGAGGGUACCCCCUCCGUCUUCCAUCCUCUUAUAAGUACUUGUCUGCCAAUCAUAAUACUGGUUUGGACAAAACUUUGAAUAUGUUUAUCCUGUCCUGUCAAGCCUGAGUGAUCACCCAAAAUGAAAAGUCUAGGGUUGAAUGGUAUUUGUAUCCCUGUAAUCACACACAGAUUAUCAUAAAUGUUAGUCCAGAAUUGUUGAACUCUAUCACAUGACCAUAACACAUGAACUAAAGUGCCUUCCUCAGUCUUGCAUCGCCAGCAGUUUGAUGUGGGCAACAGUCCUAAUCUAAAUAGUCUUGUAGGAGUCCAGUAAAAACGAUGUAUAAUUUUAAAUUGAAUAAGGCGUACUCUUGCAUCCCUUGAGAUUAGUUUAACGUUUUUACAAAUCCUGUUCCAGUCCUCCUCACUAAAUGUUAUAUUGAGAUCCCUUUCCCAUGUCCUCCUCAGAGCAGAGAUGGGCCCGUUGCCUAUUGUCUGAGUCAACAUAGAGUAAUAAACUGCUGCUUUGCUACCUAUCCUGAAACUCUUUAUAAUUUUAUCCAGGAAUUCUGUAUUUUGGGGACUUGAUGCAACAGAUCCGAAAAGCCCUACCAGCAUAUGUCGAAGUUGCAUAUAUCUAAAAAAUUGAGAAUUCGGGAUAUUAUAUUGCUUAACUAGGUCCUGAAAAGAUUUUAAGGACCCCAUAGCAUACAGGUCACCAAGUGUGGUCACACCGUUCUCCUGCCAGACCCUCCAGUAAAUGGGGGCUUUACCGAUUUGAAGUUUAGGAUUCGACCAUAUACCCGAAGAAACAUUAAGAAAGGGAUCGACUUUAAAAAUUCUUGCAACUUUUGCCCAACAUUAAAUGUAAUAUUUGAUUUAUGAACCUCCUCAGGAUUUGAUCAUUGUCAAAUCUCAGAUUACAAACUUUAGUUUCAGGAAUACUGCCCUCUGCAGAAAUAUUAUUAUUAUUAUUAUUAUUAUUAUUAUGAUGAUGAUGAUGAUGAUGAUAAUGAUGAUUAUUUUUAUUAUUUAGAGAUUAGAUAAAAUACUUUAGCAGUACUAGUGAGUUUAUUAUGGACGUAAAUGGUUUAGUUUCAUCGAUACAAUAAAAGAUGGUUAACUGAUCAUUAUGAAUUAAAACUGACGAACAGGAUCAGAACCAGAAUAAGAACCAGAUCGUUUAUUUAUCCUGAGGCUCUUAGAAAUAUAAAUUUUAAUCAAGGAAAUUAGAAGUAUUAAUGAAAUGUGGAUAAAAAAAGAAAUUACUUUAGUUUGUAGAAAGUUCAGAAUAUAGAAAUAAAGAUGUUUUCAUAGUUCAGAGAAGUCAUGUACGGAGGACAAAAAGAGACAGGAUGAAAUAUAAAAAAACAUCUUUACAAAAAAAAAUACUCUUUUUGAGCGGAGCGUCAUCGCUCCGAGUCUCCCGCCCAGCCAAAAACGUCUGCGUACAACGCUACUGCACAGCUCUGGUUUCAAGGAAGUGGAGAAAGACCCGGAAUUACCGAGAGCUUUUUGGCUUCAAAUCCGUAUACAGGCGGAAGGCGAAACCAGGCUGUCUAUCUUAUAUACAGUCUAUGCUCCUGAUCAAGGAUCAAUACAGUCACUCUGCGGUCAAGAGGUCUGAGGAGGAUUUAGGGUUAAUGAGUCUGUCCUGAACGUGGUCUCGGAUUCGUGCAGCAGGUGAUGGAGCGGCGGAGGUCGCUAUCCAGGACAGCGACCUCUGCCGUCCACAUAUAUAUAUAUAUAUUUUUAUUAAUCUUUGAUUCCACUUCUCAGCAUUUAGCUUUCAUCCAUUCUGUAUAACGUUGUCGAGGUCGAAGUCUAAUCAACCACUUUCUGCCUUUUCUUUUGGACUGACCAAUCAGUGAAGUUUGUAAGGUACCAGAACUUUCCUGAGAGGAGCUCUGAGGGUCCAAACAAAGGUUUCUAUCCUCCUGUGGGUCCACAGAGGGCGGUCCUCCUGUGGGGUCAUAGAGGGAGGUCCUCCCUGAACUCCUCCCUCUGUUCAGUUUCAGGUGGGACAGGUGGGACAGGUUUUACCGGGUCUGCUUCUGUUUGCAGGGAGGGGUCAUCUGGAUCUGUAUUAUCUCAGUCCUGCUGUGAACCUUCAUCCAGUGAAAAAACCCAACUGUUGAGGAAGAACAGGAAGAGGCGGGGCCACGGGCUUUUCCUGCUGUGUGCUCUGGGGCGUAGCUUUGGACUGUACUUUCUGUGUGGGACCGUAUGUCUCCUCUUACACGACGCCUUCAUGUUCACAGUUCCACAGGUUCUCAGGUGAGUCACACGAGACCUGAAGGUCGGGCAGGUUGGUCUUUUAUCAGCAGGUCCGGAGGUUUAAGCUCCGCCCACCAAACACCUGAACAUGCUCCAUGUUUGUUGAUGAUGCAGGACCACCAGAUGCCUCUCUGUGAGAACAGCACCCUCUGGUGACGGUCUGCUGUAUAGGUCAUAAAUCCCGCCUCCUUAUGGAGCUCUGGACAAACUUUAUGAAUUAAUGACACAGAAUAUAAAUGCCCCCCCCCAGGUUGUGAUGUUGACAUGUAGUUACUGUCAGACUGGUUUGUGCUCAAGUCCUCUUUUUCCUGUACAGCUCCAUUUUUAAAAGUUAUUAGGGGGUUCAUGUUGUCUAUGAUUGACACUAGAUACAACCUAUGAACGUACAGAGAUUGUGUAGAUCACAACCUUCGUACGAUUCUUUUUGCUCCCACAGUUUGGAGGCCGACAUCCAUCGCUAAUCAUUUUUGAAACAGAGUGUGUUUUUUGUCGUUGUUUUUUUGUUGUUGUUGUUUACAGGUUUCCCUAGUUGUUGCAAUUGUUGUUGUUUACAGGUUGUUGUUCCUGUUGUUGUUGUUGUUGCAAUUGUUGUUGUUUACAGGUUGUUGUUUUUGUGGAUGUUUUAGUUGUUUUUGUUGUUUGCAGGUUUUUGUUGUAGUUGUUGUUUUUGUUGUAGUAGUUGUUGUAGUUGUUGUUUACAAGUUGUUUUUUGUCAUUGUUGUUGGUGUUGUUGUAGUUGUUGUUUACAGGUUGUUGUCGCCGUUGUUGGCGUUGUUGUUGUUUACAGGUUGUUGUUGUUUCUGUUGUUGUUGCUGUUGUUGUUUUUACAGGUUGUCAUUGUAUUUUGUUGCUGUUGUUGUUUACAGUUUGUUGUUGUUUCUGUUGUUGUGGUUGUUUUUGUUUCUGUUCUUGUCGUUGUUGCUGUUGUUUUUGUUGUUGUUUACUGGUUGUUGCUGUGGUUGUUGUUUACAGGUUGUUGUUGUUUACAGGUUGUUGUUGGGUUUUUUUGUUUACAGGUCGUUGUUGUUAUUUUUUGUCAUUGUCAGCCUCCUGCUGGGCUUCAUGCAGGACCAACGCAGAGGUGUGGAAAGGUUUCCUGUUUACCACUCUGCUCUUCCUGUUGUCAUUAUUGUUGUUUACAGGUUGUUGUUGUUGUUAUUGUCUACAGUUUGUUGUUGUUUUUGUUGUUGCUUACAGGGGGGUAUUCCACGAAGCUGGCUAAAGAAGGCUGGGCUAUCGCCGGUAAGCAUGGCUUGAAUAAGCGGCCACUUUAAUCUUAGCUGCGACUUGUUCCACUAACGAGGCUCUUUUUCAGAGAUGCUUAUUCUAGCCAGGCUUAUCCAAGCCGUGGCUAUGCGCGCCCCCGCGGUACAUAAAAAGCCCUGACGAUCGAUUGUCGAAGUGACAAGAUCAUGGGGAAAAAAAGGGCAGAGUGGAGUCUUUCUCAACCUCGGAGCAAACACUCCUCAUGGAGUUGUACAAAGAGUACAAGGGAAAAUUUCAAAAGAAGGGCAACACUGUUGCCAUUGUGAAAGCCAGGGAGAUGGCGUGGCAAAGUAUCAUGGACAAUUUAGAUUCAUAAGUUAUAGCCGACAAAUAUUUUACAACCGAUGCAUGUCUCGAUGCAGUCAGCCUGCUUGGCUGUCUAAUUUUAUUUCUCACCUAUGCGUAUGUACUGUAAACACUUUUCUUAAAAACUUUUCAUCUUGUGUAUGUGCAGCUCACUCAUAUAGUCUGUCAGCCUCUGUGCAGCACUUUCGCAGCAAGCAGGGGCGCCUACAGCAGCAGGGGGCGCCAAUUUGACAAGGGUUAAUACAAAACUGCUUUGCGGUGCAGAUUUAUUGUUGUUAUUAUCUUUUUUCUUUCUUUUUUGGAAGUGCUCGUGCCGCCCCCCAUGAGUCAUGACACAAAUGCCGCCCUGGGCGGCUGCCCGGUUCGCCCGUGCCUAGAACCACUACUGCCCUGUAGGCAAAAUUCAUGUUCUUGAUUUGACAAAUAGAUAUCCAUAAUCGAUUAGUAUAGCAGCUACAGGUAAGACCUAAAACCAAAGUAGACAGACUCAGACAAAAAGUGAAGAAAAACAUGUACCUGGAGAUGUAUUUAUUUUAUUUUAUUUUUUUAUUAGGGAUGAUAGUGGCACAGUGCCCUUCAUUUAAAUAAUGGAGAAGACACAAAUGAGCUUGUACACAGAGUAGUCAUGUCAUUUGCCAUCACCUUUACAUUAUCAUAAUCAGAAUGGACCACUGGUGAAAGGAAGGUUUUUUUAAUGGGAAAUUGUUGCUGUUGUCGCCUGCAGUGUUUUGGAUGAGAUCGCUUGUGCCUUUAUCCUGUUAUGCAUUGAGAGUCACAGAAUAAAAGAAAGAAAAUCAGAUAUUUCCAAAUAAUUACAGCUGACGGGAUCAAACCCACCGAGCAGUGAAAAACACAUUUUACCGGCACUUCUCUUUACCCACUCAGCUACUGAAUUUCUCUUUCUCUUUGAGGUUGGCGUAGUAUUGGGCAUGUCCGGAUUCACGUAUUCCUAUGUUGUUUAUAAAAAGCUCUCAAUUUAUUUUUCCGAACAAGAGCAUCAUUUAUUACAGAUGAAGAUGAAAUUACUGCGUGACAUGCGGUUCACAAAGUGUCUUCUGGAAGCCCGUCGGACCUUCUCUGAGACGCAGCUAAGGUUAGCUUGACCGUAAGCCUGCCUGGGACCAGGCUUGUCGCGCUGGCUGAGUAUCCAUGGUUACCAAGCCACGCUAGCCCUAAGCCUCGUUUGUGGAACCGAACUCUCACUAAAAUUAGCCAAGCCAACCGAAAUAAGCCAGGCUUUGAGCAAAGCCAGCUUCGUUGAAUACCCCCAGGUUGUUGUUUUUUUUUUGUUUUUGUCAUUGUUGUUGUUUUUGUCAUUGUUGUUUACAGGUUGCUGUUGUUUACUUGUUUUUUUUUGUCGUCAGCCUUCUGCUGGGCUAUAUGCGGGACAGAGACGCGGAGGUGUGGAAAGGUUUCCUUUUUGCGGCUCUGCUCUUCCUGUUGUCAUGUCUUCAGUCUCUGCUCCACCAUCAGUACAUGUUUCACUGCUUCACGGUGGGAAUGAGGCUGAAGACCGCCGUCAUGGGCCUGGUCUACAGAAAGGUAAACAUUUUUUUUUAUGGUUUAAAAACUCUCACUAUCUUUUUAAACACAGCCCAACGUCCGGCCAUCAGAUUGAGUCCGUGUUCACGGGGUUUGGGGUGAAGGAAAAAGUUAUUCUUUAAACCUGAAGUUCAAACUUUCAUCAUUUUCCCUCCAAACCUCGAAAUUCUCCACGAUCAUGAUCCCGGUGAACCGAAUCAAGGAUAAAACUUCAAUAAUCAGAGCAAAGUCUGUCUGCCACAGGAAGUGAAGGAGUUGCUGAUUCUCUUAGAGGCCGUCAUCCGUCGCUCAUCAUUUUCAGUCUUUUGAAACAAAGUGUGUUUUUUGUUAAAAUGUACAGAGAGUGCAGAACCGUCUGUAGUGGGCAUCGUGUCCCAAACGUGUCUAAAUAAAUCUAUCGUCCUCUCAAAUCAAAAUUUUAGUAUUUAGUCAAGAAGUAUUUAAAUUCACUCUCAGAAUUCAUGUGUUACACGUUGAUAAAAGUAAAAAAUACAGAAUCCACUUUCUCUUUUUUACCCCCCCCCCCCCCCAGUAAACAUCCAAUCACUGUUGAUUUGGUUUCUUUUUAUUCUGCAGAUUUUGAAUCUUUUAAAGAGUUUGGGUCGACUCACUGAAAACAUCUGAACAUCAGACUCUGGAGCUCAGAGAUCAGAGCAGAAACAUCGGGUAGAUCUGAGUUCAUCUCACAGGUGAAGGUCUGAAGAUCUGAAGUAGAGCAUGACACGGGAGCAGAUUUUCACUCCUGUCCCGUCCCACUCCCAGAGAAAAAUCCUGUCCCGUCCCAAUUCGGACCGAAGUAAGAAAAAUAAUCCCGUCCUGUCCCACUCCCGUAGAAUGACUCCCACUCCCAUCCCGCUCCCACUCAAAAUUACUCCCACUCCUGUCCCGCUCCCGUUUGAAUAAAACCAAACAUGUUGAAAAAAGGUUGCAUUUUUAAUUUUAGGUAAAAGUGCAGUGCAUAUUAAAGGCAUUGCCUUUAAGUUUCACAUGCCUGACAUUCGGUUGGUGUAAACAAACUGCAUAUAUAUACAAUGGCGUUUCUAGACUAAAUUACUCCCCGGGCGAUGGGACUAAAACUGAAACCUUACCUUUCUUGCCUUCCUUGAUGCAAAAUCAUCAAUAAUCUUUUCAUAAGAAAUCUGCUCCCUUAUUAUACCAUUAAGACCUGAACCCUAUCUGAGCCGCGCCUCUGAAAUCCUGAGGGCAAUUUUGAGAAGGGCCCCCAGGUCCUGAGGUUUUCUUAACGGUUGAGGUUUACAAAAAAUGUGAUAUCUCGGCCUCUGUAGCAGAUAAAAACAAAAUUCAAAAAGGAUUUAAGAGUUUACAGGUGUGGCUUUCAUGAAUGCUUUUUAUUAUUUUUUGGAGCCUUUAUCACAUUAUUGAAAACCUUGAAUAAACAAACUUAAAUGAAAUAAAGCUGCUGUAUAAAUAAAAGUAAAGACUCUGCACUGGAGAAUAACUAACUAUUUGCAUUCUGUAAAACAAGUGGCAUUCAUGAUAAAGGGUCCAUUCAACACAAAUGUAAAUAUAAAAAGUAAAGUGUUGAAAGGGUAUGCAGCUGCCCUAGUAUAGUGCCAGAACAAGACCAGCACUUAAAACUAGAAAAAUGAAUAAAUAAAUACGUGGCUGACAGUGUGUUCAUGUCUGUGCUCACCCAAAGUCAUGUUACAGGUUGUUUACACUGCUGGAUGUUUCGCCUCCAAAGCUGCUCUCUGCCUCCAUCGUUGUUUACUUUACUCUUGAAGCACGUAGCAAGAUUUGAGCAUGAAUCCAAGUGCUUUAUUCGCCUAUGAGAGGCAGACGGAUAUGGUGAUUUGAUUUGCCACGUCUCCAGAAAUAAUUAAAAAGCUACAGAAUGUCACAAAAUGACGUAUCCGCGCAGAAAAUAAGCAGCCGCGGUCUCGGCUUGGAAGGUUGAAGUGCGGACAUGCUGUCCUAGCCUGGCUGUGCCAUCCAGUUGCGUGAAUCACUUGACGUUCCUUCCCACAACAGUCUGGACUUCGGCCAAUGGGGAGCCCUAAAAGUGGGCGGGAGUACUUUCCUUGAUAGACAGACUACUGUAACCAAUCACCGAAACCAAACAUCUGACGUCAUCACAGUGCGCAACUGUGUUCCCUGCUGGGCUCUCAAGCAUCAAGUAAAGGUUUGGUAAUAUUUCAACGUGUGUGAGCAAACAAUGUCUUGUACGUCUUCUUCUGCGGAUAUAAACGAUUUCUGCUGACUUUGCAAAGUCAACUGCAGAAUUAACUGAGUUCUGAAUGAACAGCGCUUUGAAAAGUCCCGCAGCAUGUUAGACGUCACCAUUUACACAUGGACCAAUCAGGGGCUGCCUUUCCCUGUUGUCCGGGGAACAGUGGAAACACAGUCACUGAUUAGCUCGGUUAUUUUCUGAUUUCUAAUACACGCUCCCAAUUGGCCGAAGUCCAGACUGUUGUGGGAAGGAACGGCAAGUGAUUCACGCAACUGGAUGGCCCAGCCAGGCUAAUGCUGUCCCGGUUUAAAUGGGUUAAGUGAUUGAUGCUGAUGACGGCAAGGCCAGUGAGCCGUUCCUGAGACAUGGUUGACUUUAGGUAUGACUUUAUCAACUUCAGUUUUGAGAAGCUCCUCUCUGCUUGAGCCACCGUGAAUGGCAGAGUGAGAGCUAUCCUGAGAGCAGAGCUGUCCCCCGCGACCCUCUCCCCAUUUCGUCUCAUACAGUCUGUCAGCCUCUGUGUGGCACCUUCGCAGCAAGCAGAGGCGCCUACAGCAGCAAGGGGCGUCAAUAUGACAAGAGUUAAUACAAAACCGCUUUGCGGUGCAGAGUUAUCUUUUUUUUUUCUUUUUUGGAAGUCCUUGUGCCACCCUCCAUGAGUCAUGACUCAUGUCUCAGUCAUGACUCAUGGGGGGCCAUAUAUAUAUAUAUAUAUAUAUAUAUAUAUAUAUAUAUUCUUGUUGAGGUAACAUGGGAAAACCACAUCAGUUAUGUGCAUCGCCGGCAGCCGCUCCGAGUUUCUUUUAUACUUUCGGUGGUGACAGGAAGUCAAACCACUGUUGUAGUUCUUUUGUGUUGCUAGCGCGAGAGAUGACCACAAAAAUGGAUGCUUCUGUUCAUCUGGUUGUUAACAUGGCUGAAAAUGAUCAUCUAUUAAUGUUGUUCCCGCUCCUGCCCGAUCCCGUUGCUUUUUUUUCCCCUUCCCAUCCCAAUUACGGGAUUAUUUAAAAAAUGACUCCCAUUCCGUGGGAUUCCCACGGGAAUCACAUGACCCACAGGAAUUCCCAAAAAAUGUCAUCCUCUAGUCCAGGGGUCGCCAACACGGUGCUCGCGGGCACCAGGUCGUCCGUAAGGGCCAUGUGAGUCGCCCGCAGGCCUGUUCUAAUUUUAGCUCAAAUAGUGGCACUUAUCAGCUACAAUUCUGGGAGCUGUCACCUCCAGAAGUUCUCUGAUGACACAGCCAUCGUCGGAUGUGUAUCGUCAGGGGAUGAGCGGGAAUAUCAAUUAAUCAAUCAAUCAACCUUAUUUCUAUAGCACAUUUAAAAUAACCACAAGGGUAGCCAAAGUGCUGUACAAUGACACAUAAAAACAAAUAACACAAAGAACAAGAUAAGGCGAGCAGAAAUACAUUAAUGCAAGGGGAUAAAUAAGUAAAUAAAUAAGGAGGCUCACAGCAAGUGCUAAAAUGAUAAAAAACAAAAUAACGCUAAAAAGUAUCAAAAGCCAAGGAGUAAAAGUGCGUUUUUAAAAGGGAUUUAAAAACAGGAAAUGAGGCCUGUCUGAUUUUCAAGGGCAACUCAUUCCAGAGCUUCGGGGCAGCAGCAGCAAACGCUCUGUCCCCUCUGAGCUUCAGCCUUGUAUUUGGGACCGUCAGUAGCAGCUGAUCGGCUGAUCUUAGGGGUCGGGGUGGGCAAUAAGGCUGGAGCAUCUCAGAAAUGUAAGGUGGAGCAAGAUUGUUCAGGCUUUUUAAAACAAAUAUUAAAAGCUUAAAAUUAAUUCUGUGCUGUACAGGGAGCCAGUGUAAGGACGCCAGGAUGGGGGUGAUGUGCUCACGCCUGCGGGUCUGGGUGAGGAGACGUGCAGCAGAGUUCUGCACAAGCUGCAGGCGGGCAAGGGAAGCCUGGCUAAUCCCUACAUACAGAGAGUUACAGUAAUCGAGACGUGUGGUGAUGAAAGCAUGGAUUAAUUUUUCCAGGUCAGGUCUUGAUAAAAUGGGCUUCACCUUUGCUAUUUGGCGUAGCUGAUAAAAACUUUUUUGUACCACCCCGCUGAUCUGCUUCUCAAAUUUAAAAUCAGGGUCAAACUUAACUCCCAGAUUAGUGACGACCUCUUUUAGGUAGGGUGAGAGGGAGCCUAGGUCGAUGUUGGGGGGGUGGCCGCCACUUGGUCCAAACAACAUUACUUCAGUCUUGUUCUCAUUAAGGCUGAGGAAGUUAAAAGAAAGCCAGGCUUUAAUGUCCUUAAGGCAGUCAGUGAGUUGUGUGACUGAGUCGGAGUUGUUCUGUGCCAGUGGAAAAUAGAUCUGGCAAUCAUCGGCAUAAAAGUGAAAGGAGAUGCCACGUUUCCUAAAAACAGAACCAAGAGGGAGUAGAUAAAAGGCAAAUAGAAGAGGGCCGAGGAUUGAGCCCUGGGGGACCCCAUGUGGGAGGGGAGCUGUUGACGACACAGAGUUGUCAAGUUGAACACAGAAACUUCUGUCCGUUAAGUACGACUGGAACCAGUCCAAGGCGACACCCUUAAUGCCCACACAGUGCUCCAGGCGAGAGAUUAAAAUGCUGUGGUCAACAGUGUCAAAUGCAGCAGACAGAUCUAAGAGCACAAGGACAACAAACUUUCCAGAGUCUGUUAACAUGAGAAUAUCAUUAGACACCUUUAAAAGUGCUGACUCUGUGCUAUGGAGAGCUUUAAAACCAGACUGGAACAACUCUGUGAUACCAUUAUCUUCCAAAAAUGGUUACAAUUGAUUGUAGACCACCUUCUCUAGAAUCUUGGACAGAUAUGGAAGAUUUGAGAUGGGUCUGAAACUGGCACAGAGGGAUGGGUCAAGGCCAGUUUUUUUAAGUAGAGGUCGUACUACAGCAUGUUUAAAAUCCUUAGGUACUGUACCAGAGGACAGGCUACUGUUAACAAUAUUAAGGACACUUGGUCCAAUAGUAGCAAGUACCUCUUUGAACAAGCGAGGGGGGAUGGCAUCUGCAGGGGAACCAGAAGGCUUCAUAUGGCUGACUAUGUCCUUAAAAACAGAGAGGGACACAGACUCAAAUUUGGCAAAGACAGAUGAGGGGUGCAGAGGGGCUGAAGGGUCAUACGAAGGUUGAGAGAUACAGGCUCUGGUUGACAUAAUUUUAUCAGUGAAGAAGUGGAGGAAUUUUUCACAAAUUUCAGUGGAGGCAUCAAAACCAAGAGACUUGGGAGCCUCAAGGACAGUGUUUAUGGUUUUGAACAGAGCUCUGGGGUUGUUACAGUUAAAAGCAAAAGCACAAGCUUUCACAAUCCUCUGAUAAUUCCAAAGGCUAUCUUUAAAGAUGCCAAGAGACACAUGCAGUCUGUCCUUUUUCCACCUGCGCUCUGCCCUCCUGCACUCACGCCUGGCUGCACGAGUGACGUCGUUCAACCAGGGCUCGGAUGUAGGUUUGGUGCGCUGGGUCUUCAGAGGAGCGACCGUGUCCAGUGUUUGUAGACAGGUGGAGUGAAAUCUCAGUACCAGUUCCUCAGUAUCCACACACACAAGGGCUGCAGAGUCAUCCUCGCAGAGACCAAUGUAGGUAGAGGAGAACAGAGCAGGCGAGGAAGAGUUAAACAUGCGACGCGGUUUAGGUGGAGCGCGCAAUUUAACCGGACACUGAGUGGGGAUGUCAAAUAAAAUCGGCAUAUGAUCCGAGAAAACAGCGUCACAAAUGUCAAGAUUGGAAACACACAGAACGUGCGAUAGCACCAAGUCUAGUGUGUGCCCGAGAUUAUGUGUAGAACCGGACACGGACUGCACAAAUUUAAAAGAGUCAAUGAGAUUUAAAAAGCUCCUGGAGACCGGCUCUUCAGGGCAACAAGUGUGAAUAUUAAAAUCACCAACAAUAAGGACACGGUCGUAUUUCGGCAGAAUUUCGGCCAGAAAUUCAGAAAAGUCACUUAUAAAAUCCUUAUUGUACUUGGGCAGUCGAUAAAUGACGGCGCACAGGACAACAUGAGAGCAGCCCAGUUCAAACAAGCACAUUUCAAAACUUGCAAAGGAGAAUUUCAGGCAGAUCUGCCGGCAUUUAAAGUUUCUUUUAAAAAUAACUGCUAUUCCACCUCCUUUUCGACCAGACGACCGCAGGGAAUUAAAAUAGCAGCAAUCCGGCGGACAGAGUUCAAUAAGAGGACUGGACUCACCGAUACUCAGCCAUGUCUCAGUUACACAGAGAAAAUCCAAUCCACGGGACAUGAGGAAAUCCUUCAAGAUAAAAGUUUUGUUCGCCAGUGAUCUGGCAUUGACAAGGCCGAACCUGGCAGAGAUCAGCACAUCCGAGGCAUCGGCUGAUCGUGGAGCCCGACACAGGGCCCGUAGAUGGCGGGGAUUCACCCUACACCAGCGGGGACGAGGAGAGCAGGGGCCGCGGGGACGGAUUACCUCACCCGAACCGACGACAGGUACCAGCCAGGAGUCGACAGGGUCCAGCGAUCGCAGAUGAAGAAAGAGACCAGAUCCCACUCCAUUUCUCCUCAGGGAAACUGCGGAAGAUCGAGCCAAGAGAGCUUUAACUCUCACCAGCUGGCCGCUGCGUUUGCCACGGCGGCGCCGGCGUUUACGCCGGGGAAGUGGAGCGAGGGUGCUGCGAAGGUGAGCAGGUAUCCUGGGCAGUUGAAACAGUUUAAACGUUGUGUGACCGCAGUGAUCGGGAUCUAAUUUCACCAAAUCCUUGGCAGAGGGGCGAAGAUCCAGCAGUGUUUGGCGGUCGUACACAAGCAGUGAGCUGACAUUAUUUAUAACGAUAGACACAAACAGCAGCACAGACACAAACAGCACUGACAGCGAGAGACGGCAGGCCACACACACCGGCGCCAUCUUGCUCAUUCAGGACUGUCAUCACUGACUUUGUCAACUGGUGUGGCACAAACCUCCUCCAGCUAAACGCCAGUAAGACAAAGGAGAUGGUUAUGGAUUUCCGCAGGAGGAGGACACCUCAGACUGUUCCAGUGAACACCCAGGGUCUGGACAUCGAGAUGGUGGAGUCCUACAGAUUCCUGGGUGUCCACCUCAACAAUAAACUGGACUGGUCAACCAACACAGACAUACUGUACAAGAAGGGCCAAAGUCGUCUCCACCUGCUGAGGAGACUGAGGUCUUUUGGAGUGUGCAGGACUCUGCUCAGGACUUUCUAUGACUCUGUGGUAGCAUCUGCACUCUUCUAUGCAGUGGUCUGCUGGGGGGCAGGUAGCACCGAGAGGGACAGGAAGAGACUGAAUAGACUGGUCAAGAGGGCCAGUUCUGUCCUGGGGUCCGUUUCACGUAGCAGGUUUAAUGGAAACUCUGAGUUUGUUAACCCUGAAAUCAGGGAAACUCUGAGUUUUCCGUUUCACAAAGGAGGGUUAGUUAAACCAGGGAGAGAGGGGUAACUCUAACCUGUUUCACAAAGAGAGGUAACUCAACCUCGCGGUCAGUUACCACAGUAACAGACUCCGUGAACCUAACCUGCUCGGGAGCAGGUUUAACUCAGUAAACCCAGAGUUUCAGGUGAGACAUCGGCAUUUUCUAAUUUUGAUCAUGUUUUACAUUGUCAAGUAAGUAUUAAGUGGCAGUUUGAUCCCUUAAAAAAUGCUCUUUUCACACUCAAAACUGAAUUUUACUCUCUUAUUAUGUUCCGUUAAAUGAUUAGGAAUAUUAAACUAACACAAAAACGGGUGGUGGUCCAGCAGCCCCACCUUUAACGGAGGCAGAGGAGCUGCCCCCCACCCCCCCGUUCGACGAUCGCGGCCGGUCCGAUCGCAAAUCCCCCCCCCCCCCCCCCCACAGACACACACACACACGCACACCAGUCCGACGAUCGCUGCUACGGGGUGGGGGUUGUGUUUAAUAUUCCUAAUCAUUUAACGGAACAUCGUAAGAGAGUAAAAUUCAUUUUUGAGUGUGAAACGAGCAUUUUCUAAGGGAUCAAACUGCCACUUAAUACUUACUUGACAAUGUAAAACAUGAUCAAAAUGAUUCAAGCAGUUUCCCUGCAACAGUCUGUCGUGAUUGCACGAGACUAGAUUUAAAGUUACGCAUUAACGUGAGCAGCGAUUUCCUCCCAAGCCCUCUCCCUCUCCUUUGCAGCUGCUGCUGUAUUGCACUUUCUUUUAAAAACGUGCUGUAAUUCGCUGUUGGCUUGCUGCUGCCCCCUCCUUCUCCCUGUUUCCAUUGGUUGAUCAUUGAAUCUGCGCUCCACAGAUGCUGGCUGUUUAUGUCUGGCGUGCACGUGCUUAACUCCAGGUCAAACUACUCGGAGUUGUUAAAACCGUCUCAAAUCAGGUGUUGUGAAACCGGAAACUCAGAGUUUCCUAACUCAGAGUAGAUCAACUCAGAGUUAAGGAUUUAACUCAGAGUUUGUUGAACCACCUACGUGAAUCGGACCCCUGGACUGUUUUUUGGACUCCCUGGAGGAGGUGGAUGAGAGGAGGAUGUUAGCAAAGCUUGUAUCCAUCAUGGACAAUCCCUCUCACCCACUGCACCAGACUGUGGGGGCUUUAAGCAGCUCCUUCAGCAGCAGACUGAGACUCCCACCUUGUAAGACGGAGCACUACUGCAGGUCAUUCCUCCCCUCUGCAAUAAGACUUUACAACGAGCUGUAAUAAUAGCUGGACAAUCACCACCACUUUUUGUGUAUGUGUAAAUUGUGUAUAUUGUGGAUAGUUUUAUUUUUCUUCCCCCUUUUUCCUUUUUCUACAUUUUUUCUUAAUUAUUACAUUUAUUUAAGUUCUUAAUAUUAGGAUCUUUAUUUUUAUAACUGCAUUUUUGCACUCUUUGUCUGUGAUGCUGCUGUGACAAAAAAAUUUCCCCCAUGGGGGAUCAAUAAAGGAAUAUUCUAUUCUAUUCUAUUCUAUCAGUGAGCUGCAUCUAUUUAUUUUAUUUUAUUUUAGCUAUUCUUGUUUAAAUCACACUUAAACAUGAACUGGAAAUGACAAAAUAUUAAUUCCGAUUUUUUUAAAGGAUUAAUAUAAAUGAACUCUGACCUACUAUAGUUCAAGGGUCAGUAUUGGACGCAUGCCCAAAACGUAGCGUUUGGGCAUUUUCACAAUGAGUGGGAGGUAGAGUUUUUUUUUACCACUGUGAAAGGAUCCUGCGUGUGUCUCAUUUGCGGGGCAACUGUAGCGACGGCAAAGCGACACAAUGUGGAGAGACAUUUCAUAACUUGCCACACAAGCUACCAUGCUAACUACCCACCGGGAUGCGAACAACGAGCAGAAAAAGCUGGUGAUUUAAAGGCAGCUUUAAGCAAACAGCAAUCUUUUGUCACGAGACCAGUGAAAAGCUUCCAAAAAGCAACCAAAGCCUUUUUAAGAGCUACGCAAUUCUUGAUUAAGAAAAAGAAGGCCUUUUCAGAUGGGGCGGUUGUCAAAGAAGCAAUGAUGACAAUUGCUAAAACUGUGCUUGAAGACGAGAAGUAUGGAACUGAUGUAAUCUCCACGCUCUCCGAUGUUCAACUGGGGGCAUCUACGAUGGUAAGAAGAGUGACGGCGAUGUCCGGGCACUUGGCCGACCAGCUGGACCGUGAUCUGUUGAGGUGCAGGUGGUUCAGUAUCCAGUGUGAAGAGUCGGUGGACAGCAGCAGUACAGCACAGCUAAUGGUCUUUUUCAGGAUGGUGUUUGAUGAUUUCUCCACAAAAGAACUUCUGACACUUCUGCCCUUAAAGACAACUACCAGGGAAGUUGACAUUUGUAACGCGGUAAAGGGGUUUUGGUGGAUAAAAAGGUGCCGCUUGCAAAGCUGGAAUCAGUGAUUACGGAUGGGGCUCCUGCUAUGAUCGGCCAACACACAGGAUUUAUUGCUCAUUGUAAAGGUGACACAGAGUUCCCAAACUUUCUGCAUUACCACUGCAUCAUCCACCAGCAGUCUUUAUGUGCAAAAGUGAUCGGCUUUGAUGACUCCCAUUGUAAACAUGCCCGCAGAUAGGGGGUGUGUCAAGGGGGUUUCGACAUACACAGAUUUGAAUGCCCCUCGAUCUGUCCCCCUCACUUUUAUUAAAAAAAAAAAAAAAAAAAACCUCUGCUUUCUUUCUUUGCUUAAGGCAAACCUCACGGGAAAAUCAAAAGAUAAAUAAAUAUUUGAUUUAUUGCAUGUCAGUGCAUGCUUUGAUAUCAAUAUUCGGUUGUUGAGCUGGGCAGGCUGCGUUGUCGUCUCGAGCCUGGUUGCCAUGAUUACCCAGAACGAGUAUGACAGGCAUCAAUGGGACAGCUCCUAGUUCAGGACCCCAUAACCUACCAACACGCAUGAUGAGGCCAGCCAAACCGAAAAGGCAGAAAACUAUUGCAUCCUUUUUUCAAAAAGCAACAACUGUAUGUAAACUGUGCCUUACGUUGUCAUAUCACCUUGCAAUUUUUUGGUCGUAUGUUCAAAGUAAUGUCGCCGUGGAAGUAAAAUCGUAGAGACAGGCAAAGAGAAUAGAGGAAGAAAGGUGCCAGUUUCACAAGGGGGAGGGGAGGGGGGAAUCAACCUUCAUGCAUUUAUUUAUUAUCCAUUAAAUCGGCCAUUGCAAAUUUCUGGAGUUGUGGGGGUCUUUUGGAAAUGUGUACUUGAAUCCGUGAUUAUGCCAAACUUAAUGGUGUAUGUUGUUACAGUUUGAAUUAUGAGAAAAAUGAACUUUCAAGCCAGAAAAUUGCUAACGUAAUCAUUUUAAACAGUGAACUGUAAUUUUAGUUACUAACACCCAGUCAGAUAUCAUGACUGAUAUUAGCUGAACUAGACAUGGUAAUAUGCAAUCAUUUAGACUGGCGCAAUGUGUUCAAUUUGAGGUGAAUCAGUGUUAGCGUUUAGCACAAUUGUGUUGUUGUCAUAGAUCACCUCCAUUGAAUUUGAAUGACUGAGCCUGUUAGCUUGUUAUCUCGCCUUACAGACACAGUAAAUGAUUUUUUAGAUUCCAGAAUCCAACUUUGUAGGCAUUACUAACCAUUAUGGACAAAAAUGCACUACACAAAAUUACAUAUAUUUUUUAUUUUGAAGCUUAUUAAAAUAAAAUGCUUGUACUAUGAUGUUGAUUGACACGCUCAUUUACGCAGACAGGAACGAAUCUCCAUGUCCCAAGCCUAGCCCCCAUAGCAACACAUUAUGUUGGCAUAUCUCUAUAGAAUCUUACAAUCUCUAGUAGAGAUAUGCCUUUUGGGACUGGUAGCCUCUGUGGUAGCCUGUAGGUAUGCCCAUGUUAAAUUACUGUCAAUGGCGCUAAUGCCUUAAAACAGUUAUAAUGUUUAUGCUAUGUUAAAAUGCUAUCAUGGUCCUGGCCUGGAGGACAUAAAAUAACUCAAUUUCAGAUGUGUAUGGAUACUUAUGGGUACAACUGUAUAUGUAGGCUAUGCUGUUUGUGUUUGUAAGGCACAGUAAGAAGUGACUUUUAAUUACAUUUUGUGGUUUUUUUUACACCCUGCUCUUUUGGUUUUCUUAAAGAAUCAGUGAGCUUAAAGUCAGUUAAUGUUUAAAUAAAACAGUUUUUACAUACAGCAUAUGGCAUGCUUGGUGAGUGAUUGGAAGCAGUAUCAGAAUCAAUAUGCUUUAUUUCUUGCAAUGAUGGGCAAUUAAGUUUGAUGGGGUAUGUCAUGAUGGCAGUAAUAGCGCUGCCCUGAGGGCAUCAGAGUAUAUUCUGGGGUGCUGGCGGCUUCCUCCCAGUUCUAUCUAAAAACCUAUCUGCGCCCCUGGUUGUAAAGAUCCUAAACAGCAUCCGUUCCAAAGCUAAACAGCACAGAAUUUUCAAGGUACUAUUGGAGGAGCUGUCAGCUGAAUAUGGUGACCUGCUACUACACACAGAAAUCCGAUGGCUCAGCAGGGGACGAAUUCUGCUUCGUUUUUUUGUCUUUUUUGGGUGAAAUCAAAGAGUUCAUGCAGUCCAGAGGGAAAGAUACUUGCUGCUGGAGGACACUGACUGGACACUUGACCUUGCAUUUUUAACGGACAUUACUGGGAAACUGAACAGUUUGGACUGUGAGUUACAAGGCAAAGGUAAGACUGUUGCUGAUAUGAUAAGUGCUUUAAAUGCAUUUAAAGCCAAGAUGAGCAUUUUCUCUGUGCAUUUAAAGGGAAAAAAGGUGCUGCACUUUCCCUCUGUGCAGAUGGUGCUGAAAGACAAUACUUCUGCAUCUGAUGCUUUUGACUAAGUUGCAGAAAAGUACUCUCAGGUCAUAGAAAGACUUGGACAAGAGUUUGAGAACAGGUUUUGUGACCUAGGUCAGCUUGAGCCAUGUGUGUCAUUCAUUUCUAAUCCUUUCAUGAACGUGGAAAUAUCAUGCAUUGCUGAGCAGUUAAGUGCAAUGUUCAGCCUUGAUGCUGGACAGAUGGAGCUUGAAAUUGUAACAUUGCAAAAUGACCUCCACCUCAAAGCCUAUCAGGGUGCACCAAACUUUUGGGGACUUGUUGACACAAAAAAGUACAGUGGUGUAUGCACAGCAGCUUUGAAGGUUGCAAGCCUGUUUGGUUCAACCUAUCUUUGUGAGUCAGCCUUUUCUGACAUGAACUUCAUCAAGAACAAACACAGAACGCGCCUCACCGAUGCACAUCUGCAAGACUCACUCAGAGUUGCAGUGUCAAGUUACACACCAGAGUAUAACACACUGGUGGAGGACAUGCAAUGCCAGGCUUCCCACUAACUGACAAAGGAACAGAUACCAGAUUUGCUGUCCUGAUCAAAAUGUGUCAUUCAUAAUUUGUUAAAUGUGUUUGGAAAAUGUAACAUUUGAUAACAUAACUGUUAAGCGCAUUUUUUUUCUUACGCUUGUACAGGGUGUUUGUUAAAAAUGUUAUAAAUGCUGCGGAGGUACAUUGUGAUUUCCUAAAACUGUUGUAGAAGAGAUCAUUUGAAAAUGUUCAAACACUUGCACUUAAAAAUAUAGAAAUAAAGUGUUGCAUAUUGAUAUUAAUCUAUUUCUUAUCUUGUUACGAUUGUUGAUAUUUAUUGUGAGAAAUCAUUAACAUGAUCAGUGUAUUCACAUAGCUAUAUACCAUUAAUUAUUAAUAAUAACAUAUAGUUAAAGCUAAAUUUGGCAAAUUGGCUAUUUCAAAAGUGUGUAUCAGGCUGGUAGCCCUUUGCGUUAAUCAGUACCCAGGAAGUAGCCCUCGGUUUCAGAAAGGUUGGUGACCCCUGCUCUAGUCUGAAGGUCUGACUGACAGUUUCCUGUUUUCAACAGUGUCUGCUGAUUAACAGCGCGGCACGGUGCGGUGGAACAGUGGGAGAAAUCAUCAACUUGGUUUCAGUCGACACUCAGAAACUGAUGGACUUCAUCGUUUAUUGUAACAGUAUCUGGAUCAUGCCAAUCGAGAUCGCACUGUGCUUCUACUUCCUGUGGCAGGUAACGAAAAACACCUGAACGACCAAAUGACUGACCGACUGACUGACUGACUGACUGUCUGACUGAACGACUGAUAGUUGUUAAAUAGUUGGAUGAAUUUCUAGUUGAUUGAUUAGUUGAUGGACUAAUUGAUUGAUUUGUUAAUGGACUGAUUGAUUGAUUAGUUGACUGAUUUGUUGAAGGACUGAUUGAUUGAUCAGCACAGUAGUUUAAAAAUGUUGAAACUAGAAAACUGAGUUUUCAUCUCAAACCUGUUUUUCCUUGUUCUGAAAUCGUUUCUGAGACCUUGAACUGUAGAUGUUGAUUAUUAUAUCUUUAUCAUUAUUAUUUAUUUUAUUUUAAUUUAAAUUUUUUAAAUUAUUACUUCUAGAAAUUUGGUUUUUGUUAACCUUUUAAAGUCCAUAUUUUAUGAUCGAUGGUGUCAGAUGCUUUUUUUUAAACCAAAGAAUAAUCUAUUACAUUUGCUUUUUGAUUGUUUGUGACAUGUACAGUUGAAUCUAGUAUUCUAAGUGAUGUUGACAAGUUGAUUGAUUAGUUAAUGAAGUGAUUGAUUGGCAGCUCCUAGGCCCCUCUGCUUUGGCUGGGAUUGUGGCCGUUGUUUUGAUUUUUCCUCUGAAUGGAUUUAUCGCGAAGAUCCGGAGCAGACUUCAGGUGAUCGUUUCAGUUUUUCUGAAGUUUUCUUGUUGUCAGCAGAAACCUGAAAAAAAAAGUUUUCAAUCCAAAAUCACUGUGUGUGUCUUUGUUGGUAAGGAGGUUCAGAUGAAGUUCAUGGACAGUCGGCUCAAACUGAUGAGUGAGAUCCUCGGUGGUGUGAAGAUCCUGAAGUUUUACGCCUGGGAGGAGGCCUUCCUGAGACGGGUUUCUGUCCUGAGAGACGGAGAACUCAAGGCGCUAAAAAAAUCUCAGAUCCUCUACUCUGUUUCUCUGGCCUCCUUCAACUCCUCGUCCUUCCUGGUGAGUUUGAGACCAUCUGGGUCAGGUUCACUCCUGGUUCUGGUUGACUUUAAUCUCAGACUUGCUCCUGAAUUAGUCGAACCAGCGAUCAGCCGAAAAAUAUGGACAGCCAAAAAUUUUGGCCAAAAAUGUUCCAAAAGUGCAUUUUUGGUUAUCGCUGAAAGACAAUCACUAAAACAACACAGAUGAAACAGAUGUUGGGAUGACGUCAGCAAAAACUUGGACCAGCACAUGUUUGUCCGGAUCAAAACCAACAUGAAAGUUUUCUUAAGUCAUGCAGACAUUAACGUUAAAGAGUUGGACGGCUCCCUGCGGUUUAGGUCUGACUAACCCGCCUCCUCAGUCUAAGGGUCGACACAAAAAUGUAAAUACAUAUCAGAGAAGUUAAACUACCAGAUUUUAGGAGUCUACAGUCCAAUUCAAAACCAAAGGACAAAUCUGAAAGGUAAGAAGUUCUUUAGUGGACAGAGAGAGAGAUCCUCUCCUGGGGCCUCAUUUAUCAACCAUGCGUAUGUAGCGGUGAAAUCACUAAAUAUUAAUUCUAAUUACGCUACACGUAUGCACAGAUGUGUGCGUAAAGAGUGCGUACGAACAUUCCCGCGCAGAGUCUGGAAUUUAUCAACCUGUACUUGUGCUUAGGAACAUGCGUAAAUUUAAGCACAACUCUGACUAUGCGUACACACAAAACCUAGUGGUAGGACAGUAAAAUUACUAAUAGAACCCAUUAAAGGAGUCACAGCGUUCCGCAAUCUCAAACUUCACAUAUGUUCCCGUUGCCUCUUGUCGUGGAAGUUUUUCUCUUCCGUCGCUGCUGGUGAAUAAUGAAAUAGAGACUUCUGCCGGCCAACAAGGUUUUAUUUUUCUUUGCAAAGAAAAGGUCAAUCUGCAUCCGAGCGGUUAGAAUCCAGAAAGACCCCUAACAUGGGAAAACCUGAACAUUUUAUGCUUAAGGACCGCCCCUCAGAGGGCAAGGAAUGGGGCUUUGAUGUUGGCAUCUUUUGUUUUCUGUGGAGACUGUCCCCCCCCGUCUGAUCGUCUGUUGGCUCCGGGACCUUACUGCAGUGGCUGGCGUGAACCCACGUUGUUCUCUCAGCGAUCCUCACAGCGGUAUGUGUUGUCAGAAGCACCUGGAAUGGACCUCGCCACCGUUUGGAGUGCCAGUGCUUCCUUCUCAGGUCCUUUAUCAUCACCCAGUCGCCAGGCUGGAAGUCGUGGAGGGAUGUGGAAGCUGGUGGUGGAAGGGCUGAUUUCACCUGCUGGGAGAUUAGAGAGAGAGUGCAGGAUAAGUUCUUGCAAUAUUGUAGCAUGUCAUCCUCACAUAGGCCAGUGAAGGGGAGUGGCCUGGUUACAGGCUCCACUCCUAGGGACGGGGGUCUGCCCAAAAAGAAUUUCAAGAGGACUCAUGUUUCCUCUGGAUCAUUUCCUGAUUUAUCAUAUCCAUUAGAACAGGGGUCGGCAACCUUAAACACUCAAAGAGCCACUUGGACCAGUUUCCCACACAGAAGAAAACACAGGGAGCCACAAAACCUCUUUGACAUCUAAAAUGAAGAUAUUUUUUUUACCUUUAUACAAAGUAUAUAAAAAACUGUAGCGAGUUGCAUUUAUGAAAUAAAUGAACUAUUUCGGCGAGUGUCUGUCUUCUUCUGUAGUUAAACCGCAAGAUAUCAAAAUCUACCCGGAUACAGCAAUGCUGCUUUUUGAUUGGCUGUUCAGUAGAUAUACUUUAUUUGAUUGGCUUGUGCGUGGCACGCAGCUUCUGAACUCUCGGAGGAACUCAGUUGAUUUCCCCCAGUCCCAUAGUUGAAGAAGUGCAACUUGGUGGACAUCACCGUGUUCAUUUAAAUGCGUGAGAAAUACAAUGUGUGGUGUGUGAGCGUGUGAACGAGUGGGAAUGCGUGUGUCAUACGCUGAAUGCGUGAGACUUGAGAGCCCUGUGCUCACGCAUCAUCGAUGUACUCCCGAGCCAUGCAAAACGGUCUUUGCAAAUGUUGCACUGAACGCCUUCCUUUUCAGUCUUGGUGAAGUUUUCCCGCAUCACGGAUGUUUUAGGUCGGGAUUUGGGUUGGGUUGUGUCCAUGUUUUUCUCAGCUGCUGCCUCGGCCAUGGCUGUUUCUUUUCUGUGCGUCCUGCUGAUGUUUACACGCCGGUGUCCAUGGACAUAUAUAAAGACCCGACGAAUCGAUUACAGAAUUUGUUAGCAACGGAUUUUUUCGUCACGACGAAUCUACUUAAUCGAUUCGUUGUUGCAGCCUUAAUAGUUUAUUUAAUGUUACAAGAGCAUUAUAAUCUUUGAAUUUAGAAUUACAAAAAAUAAUAAUAAUAAUAAAAUAAAAUAAAAUGCAAUUAAGUAUUUAUUAUUUAUUUUCCAAAUCCAUUGGGAGCCGCAGCUUAGGGAAGAAAGAGCCGCAUGCGGCUCCAGAGCCGCGGGUUGCCGACCCCUGCAUUAGAACAAUCCGCAGAGCUUUUGUCCAUGGCAGUCCUGUUUCAUCACAUUUGGCCAAUUUUGAUUUCAGAGUGCCAUUCUCUCAUUCGACAGCACCCCCACUGGCAGGGUGAUAUGUGCAAUGUUGUCUGAGGUCAAUGGCAAGAAAUUCACUGAUUUGGGUUAUUGCAGAAUUUACAAAGUGAGAGCCAUUAUCACUACUCAGUUAAGUUGGUAUUUCCCAUCUGGGAGUGAUUUCUGUUAACAGAGCCUUUGCUACCACUAGGUGACAGCUCUAUGAAAUCCAUCAUUAAGUGUUCGAAUGGUCUGUCUGGUGGGUGGGUGGGCAGCGUGUGUGAUUGUUUUGGUUAUACCUGCGUUAUGAGUUGCACAAACCAUACACGAUUGACAAAACUUCUGCGUGUGAACUGAAAACCCUUUGGUGAACUGGUGUUGGGUUAUGGCACCCAACAUUCCCCCUUUUGACACAUAGUCCAACCCAUGUGUCAAUUUUGCAAAGUGAGGAAAGAAGUGUUUAGGUAGGCAAGGUUUAUUAUCGGGUCCUCGGCAUACUGCAUCCUUUUGUGCGGCACCGCAGCAUUUCCACAGCGUCUUUUCCUGAGGUGUGGUGAAAGAUUUGCACUGCUGUGAUAGAGGUGGGAACAGUGAAAGGAAUCGAUACCAAUAAAGGAUCAGUGAUAGGUGGCUGGAGUACGACUCGUUUUGCAGCGGCAUCAGCUCUAGCAUUUCCUAGAGAGACAAGGACUAUGUUGUUAGUGUGAGCAAGACAUUUAGUGACAACAGCAAAGUCAACUCUGCUGCGACCAGUAUGUGUGUUGUGUGAGGCAGAUCCAUCUACAAAAGAACCAAAUCAGGAUUUGUUAAAUGUGUUUCUUGUAGGUCUGGUCUUGGGGAGCAAACCUGUUGGAGGAUAGCAACACAGUUAUGUUGUUCUCCAUCGUCUGGUUGUGGGGAGAAGAGUGGCAGGGUUUAAAACAUUGCAUCUUUUGACAGUGAUGUUACACAUUUCCAGAAGGACUGUGUUGUAUCUUAGCCAUCGUGCUGUGGAGAAAUGAGAAGUUUUUUGCUCAAGUAAAAUCAUAGACACAGCAUGUGUCAGUAACAUCAGAAUAGCACACAAUAUCUUGGGAGACCAUAACUGCCUUCUCAGCCGCAGCCACGGCUCUAAGGCAUCUUGGGAGGCCUGCAGCCACAGGAUCCAGUUUUGAGGAAAAAUAAGCUACAGGGUGUAGCUUGUUCCUGUGAGCCUGCAACAAAACAGAAGUCAUGCAUUCAUCUUUUUCAUCCACCGUUUGAGUAAACGGUCUGGUGAACAUUUGGAGCUCUGGGUUGGACUGCUGCAUUUACUGCUUGCAAGUCCUGAACAAAACGCCAUUCUGUAGGUUGAUCUUUGUCUCUGAUUUUCUUAACAGGGAACAAAGGUGUGCGCACUGGAGAGUCGUGGCUUCUUGUUUAAGUGGAUAUUGAGUCUUGCAAGGUCUGAAAUCUGAUUUUUGGCGUAAUGAUAACAGGUCUAAAUCUUUGAUGAGGCCAACAUCAUACUUAUCAAAAGCCCACAGUGUCUUAGGGACUUGUUGCAGGGCUGCGAUAGGUGCAGUUUGUUCUGUGGACAAACAAGAAAAAGGUUAUAGAAGUGCUUUCAGGUACCAGCUGGAUUAUUCUCUGAGUGUGCACAACAGAUAUUAAACUUUUUGAGUAGCACUGCAGUGUCUGUAAAAACAAACAAACAAAAAACAAAAGGGUGGAUCGCUCAGAUGUUUAAUGCCAAUUGGCCGUGCGUUUACAUGCUAUUAUAAAUGGGCCCAAAUCUUCCCAGACAUCUGAUGUGUGUUUCGCGAGUGGGAUCUAUGGGACCGAAUGGUCCAUGGUGUACAUGUCACUUUGAGCUGGUGUGAGGGAGACUGAUAUAGCACAUUUGUGUCGUGCCCAAUAAAUAUGUGUCAGUGUGAGUUCUUCAAACCUCAUCUUUAACCAACGUUCCUCGUAUGGCUCAUCAGGUCCGGGUGACACAUGAGAGGUGCAAUGCAGAUCCUCUGGUGCCAUAAAAUCUUUGCAGCUGUGGAAAUUGUUUCCCUAGCUGAGAGAAACUCAGAAAAGGUUGAUGGUUGCAAUUUCCAUUGAUAUGCAUAAUUUAGGUUUAGGGUGUGGCAGACAAAGGAGUGUGAAAAGUUUGGUGGCAGAUCAGGUAGUCUGCAGACUUUGACACCUUCUGGGGUUGAGAUUAGACAAAGGCCCAAUUUGCACAUCAAGUCCCUGCCCAUCAGCUUAAUAGGGCAGACUUCAGAGAGCAAAAAUGCGUGUUUGAAGCUUGAACGUGACUCAUCCAUACAUUUGAAUGGGACAGUAAUGUUCUCUUUAAUUGUUUGACCUGAUGAACCAAUAGAGUACACAUGACUUCGACUAAAACUAAGUCGACUAAGAAUACAAUGUGUUGUUCUGUGAUGAUUAGCGUGUGUUUUGGAAACUUCUUAAACUGAUCAGAUGUGUACUGAACAUGUGUUAGAACAAUCGCAUGUGUAUUGUCUGAGCUCUCUAUGGACUGUGAAUUGGUGUGGUCGGCAUGUAUAUGUGAGUGUGGUGCAGUACCUUCUUCCCUCUUCACCAGUUGGUUUGGCUCGUCAGCAGGAGUCCAUUCCUCUCCGACAACCCCCAGCCAUUGUCAGUCCGAUUUGUUUAUUGCGUCUGAUGAGGUGUUUUUGGGACACUCGCGUCUCCACAGGAAACAGACAUUCUGUCGAAGUUUUCUCUCCCAGUUUUUGUGAUGGCCAUGUCCUCUUUCUCUAUGGACAUUAGAUUCAUCUUCCCAGGUGAUAUGUUUGCAGCGGAGAUCAGCAUUUGGGAAUUCUCCAGCUAUUCUUUGCCAGUCUGUUGCCAUGGGCGAAAAAACAAAGUUGCGCCUUGUGGUCCAGAUGCUUCAACCAUAGGCAUGUUGAAGGCUGUGUCUUUAUUGGAUUGCAUAGUCUGUGUGCAAUUGGAGAAAGGGUGUUGGUUGUAGAGUCUUGUGAUGGACCAGGCAUUUCAGGACAGGCUGUUUCUGAGCUUGCUUAUAGUUGCGGCCUGAUGAAGUCUGCUUCUCUUCUCUCGUUGGGUGUUGCAGAGUUGUAUGGUGGUGGUGCUGAAGAAUGGAAGGGUAGGUUGCCGUCAAGGUCUGGAUCCAGCUUCAGAGCCGCCAACUGUGGAUACAAAGAAGAAGAGAUCUGCGAGUUCUGUGUUCUUUGUGUAUGUGAAUCUGGCUUCUCAAUCGUUUCAACCUUUUCUCAUGAAAAGGGAAGUUGUUUUUGCAUUAACUUUUUAUAACAUAUCUCUGCUUCAGUUUUCCACAUCUCUAAACAUUCUUUUGACCUUCAAUGAGUUCUAACUUUCUUACAGAGAAUUUGUUUUUCCUUCUCAUUUUUCAUUUUUUUUUUUUUUUUCUUUUGCCUUCAGUUUCUCUUCUAGUUUCGACAUGUUUCUUUUUAAACUGAGGGAUCCCCCUGUUGGGAAUCCAAACUCAGUGGUCAAGACAUUCAAAUCUUUUAAGCUUUUGUCCCAACAUUUCUUUCUCAUUCAUAUGAGAACAUUCAUACACGCAUUUUUAAAGGGAUUGUUGAUGCCAUAUAUGGUCAAUUGGAGACGUUCCUGAAUGCAAAUGACUCUAACCAUGCACGAGCACGGUAGUAAAGAACAGGUGGGAUUUAUCAUCACCGAUUACUUACGUGUGUGCGUAUGACCGGUGUCCACACGUUUGAUAAAUAUGGAAUAUUCUAAAUUUCAUUCCUUCGCCAGAAUUUAGAACCUUUUCUAUGCACGUUUGAUAAAUAAGGCCCCAGGUCUCUGCUGGUCUGAUGAUGAAUCAGAACUGAAGCUCGGGGGUUUGGAUCAGCCGGAACAUAACCAAAAAUAAGCGCAGGUAUUUCUGAGUGAGGGUCCAACAGUCUCAAAAACUCCCUCUGUGGACUGAAGAUGAACCCCCUCAGACAGGGAAGAGACCAGUAUGAGAGAGUCAGGAGGAACUGGGGGUCAGGAGGAACCGGGAGUCGGGGUGUGGAUGGAUUUCAGAUUUGAGGACAGAAACUUCCUUUUUCAAAGUUUAUUGUUUUUUGGUAAAGUUAGUUUCUCUUCCUCUCAGUCUGUCAAGAGACUAAAAUUCAGCUCACAGGAUGUAAAAAUGUCUCUGAACACAAACGUUGAGUUGGAUAACGAAGGAGCGUUGAGUCAAUUUAGGUGAGAAUAAAAAAACUUUAGAUACAGUCGACAGUUUUGAUUUUAUUCAGAUGUUCAUUUGAUUUGGAUUUUAAAUAAUAUCUGCUUGUAUUUCUGACAUGUUUGUGAUGUUUUCUGUAGGUGGCUCUGUCGGUGUUCGGACUUUACGUGUUGAUGGACGAAGAUAACGUUUUGGAUGCUCAGAAAAUCUUCGUUUCUGUCGCCCUCAUCAACAUUUUAAAAACUCCACUGAGUCAGCUUCCCUUCGCCAUGAGUACCACCAUGCAGGCAAGUAACCCGCCAACACUCUGCUGUGUCCUGUCACGAAUAAAAAGGAAGGACAGAAGAGUGUCUCUGAAUUUAACGUCAUGAAUUUAGUUUUUCACACAGAUGGACAGAAUAAAAAUCUAAAGUCACUGUGAUGGACAUGCCGAAAAUAAACUCUCCAACCAGAAUACCAGAGUCAGUGGGCGUGGCCUCUGAACUACACAGCGCAGCAUGUCAUUAGCAUGUGUGUUGUGAGAUAGAGAGAGGAGCGAGUGGAGAGCGCCUCUCAUCGCAGACGAGAGGAUAGAUACAUUUUCAUGAAAGUCAAAGAUGAUUGUAAGCUUUAGAGUCUGAAAUUGUGCGAAUAAUAUUUUUUAGGACAUUUAGAUAAAAAUAAAAAUUAAUAAAUGAAUUUAUCUACGAUUUCAAUUUCUGGGUUUUUUGGAUCUCAUUGGAAACAGCGCUCUUAAGUCACAUGACCCUUUUUUUCAGGCCAUCGUCUCCCUCAGACGUCUUGGAAACUUUCUCUGCGAAGAAGAACUAAAACUUGACAACGUGGAGAGACCUCCUCUGAGCACAGGUGGGAUCACACAUAUACACAAUCUGACACACACAGAUAUACACACACUGACAUAGACACACACAUACACAUAUACACACACUGACAUACAAACACACACACACAUGUAAUAUAUAUAUACAUAUAUAUAGGGUCAGGUCUAUUCCAUAUAUAUAUAUAUACAGUAUAUAUAUAUAUAUAUAUAUAUAUAUAUAUAUAUAAAUAAACAGAGUGGCAGGAGCAUCUCUUGCUGUCAUCAGUUUAAUUGGUAGACCUCAUCUCUAAAGAAAGAGGGUCAGGUCCAUCUGCAGAAUCAGGUCUGUCUGCAGGGUCAGGUCCGUCUGCAGGAUCAGGUCCGUCUGCAGGGUCAGGUACGUCUGCAGGGUCAGGUCCAACUGUAGGAUUAGGUCUGUCUGCAGGGUCAGCAGGGUCAGGUCUGUCUGCAGGAUUAGGUCUGUCUGCAGGGUCAGCAGGGUCAGGUCUGUCUGCAGGGUCAGAUCCAUCUGCAGGGUCAGAUCUGUCUACAGGGUCGGGUCCAUCUGCAGGGUCAGGUCUAUUCCAGGGUCGGGUCCAUCUGCAGGGUCAGGUCUAUUCCAGGGUCAGGUCUGUCUGCAGGGUCAGGUCCGUCUGCAGGGUCAGGUACGUCUGCAAGAUCAGGUCCAUCUGCAGGAUCAGAUCUGUCUGCAGGGUCAGGUCUUUCUGCAGGGUCAGGUCCAUCUGCAGCGUCAGGUCCAUCUGCAGGGUCAGGUCUUUCUGCAGCGUCGGGUCCAUCUGCAGGGUCAGGUCUAUCCUCAGGGUCAUGUCUAUCUGCAGGGUCAGUUCCCUCUGCAGGGUUAGGUCUAUCUGCAGGGUCAGCAGGGUCAGGUCUUUCUGCAGGGUCAGGUCCGUCUGCAGCGUCACGUCCAUCUGCAGGGUCAGGUCCAUACUCAGGGUCUGGUCCGUCUGCAGGGUCAGGUAUGUCUGCAAGAUCAGGUCCGUCUGCAGGGUGAGGUCUGUCCUCAGGGUCGUGUCUAUCUGCAGGGUCAGGUCCAUCCUCAGGGUCAGGUCUGUCUGCACGGUCAGUUCCGUCUGCAAGGUCAGGUCUAUCUGCACGGUCAGGUCCAUCUGCAGGGUCAGGUCUGUCUGCAGGGUCAAAUUUACGGGGAUGUAGAGGUGGAGUCUCAGGGUCUGUUGGCGGCUGUUUUAAAAGGUCCACAGACAUGCUGACACCAAGGUCCCGAAGUUUGAUGAACAAUAAUCGUAAUUUUGGAGGAGUUUCAAUCAGCCAACAGGAAGUCUGCCAACAUGGAUCUGAAGGACUGAAUUGGGUCUUAGUCUAGUUGGUCUGUAGUUGUUCAAGUUUCUGAUGUUGGUCUGCUUGGGCGCUGGAAUCAUGUCAGCAUUUUUAGAUAUGCAAGAGUGAGAUUAUAGAUGUCGGUGAAAAGUCCUGAAAGCUGGAGUCCUUCAGACUUUGACCUGGAUCCAUCUGUCCCUGCGGGCCUUUGUGAUAGUUCGGGGUCGGGAUCAGGUUUUGAAUGAUCUUUUUACGGACUUUAACCCUGACCACUGAAAAAAUACAAAAUAAUCAGUUUAACACAUGUUUUUAUGCCAGUUAUUCUGCACCACUUAUAUCGUAUAUAAAAUGAUCUUGAUGAAGAAAAAACAACUUUUUUUAAAUAAAUAGAGUCUGAGCCAUGAAUAAAAAGUCUGUGAGGCAGAACUGUGGAAACACAAAAGAAUAUUACGUAUAAAAUGACCAUAAUUUAAAGUUACAACAGAAUAAAAUUACACCUGAGUACACACCCCUCAACUCACCUUCUCACCUUCUGCUUUGGGAACGAGAACUAUGAGGAACCCUGAGUGAGAACCAAAAGUAGGACAUGAAACUAUGUAAUAUUAUAAAAGGAACCAACAAGAACAACAUGGAUCCCUGUUGUGAUACGCUGCUCUGCCUACAGAUGGAGACAGCGUGGUGGUCGAGGAUGGGUUCUUCUCUUGGACCAAUCAGGGGCCACCAUGUUUGAGGAGGAUCAAUGUCAACGUAAAGACGGGUUUGCUGGUUGCUGUGGUCGGCCAUGUUGGCUCAGGAAAGUCGUCUCUUCUCUCCGCUGUGUUAGGAGAGAUGGAGAAAAGGAGCGGCAUCGUCUCUGUUCAGGUAACAAAGAUUUUUAACCUUCUGCUCAAAUUUCUGACAUUAAAACUGAUUUAACGAUUUCUGUGACCUUCAGGAUCUGUCUUAAUGUCAUUUAGAAAAAGGGGCGGAGCCUAAAAAAGAAACCAUAAAAUCUGAUAUCACUCCUCUGAUCGGGUGAGCGGAGGAGUGAUUGGUCACCCUGAGGGUGAAAUCCUGAUUUAAUAGUGUUGCAUUGUGGCGUUAGACAGCUUAAAGUUUCUACAGACAGAAACUUCGGACAGACGUCGUCUCUUUGAGUCAGUCGGCAGAUUUUAAUGUUUCUUCUCUGUUGAGUUUAGAAAUCAAAAUUAUUUUAUGAAGUUUUGGUUUGAGACUUUAGUUCUAAGCAACAAAUCAGAGAAGAGGAGUAACACUCCAUCAGUUUGGUCUAGUCCCACACCUGGACACCCGUACCAAAGUAAGGACCCCAGUUUGCCCCCCCAGUAAAAAUCUGGCUCCGCCCCUGUGUGUGUCACUGCAGGUUGUUAUGUAUUUAAAGAUUGGACUAAAAAACGUCGAUGACCUUUGGAACUUUGACAUGGUCAAUACUGUUAAGCAUUUCUAAACUUUGCUAACAGCGUUAACCAUCAGAGUCAGGGAGUUAAUUCACAAAGUUUUCUUCGAUAACGAAUCAAAAGGGACACACGACAUGAUUGAGAAACAGUUGUGAUGGAAGAAGCUGCAGAGCAGGAAGUUGUGCAAACACGCCUCUGCUUCAGUCGGUCAGCAGCUCCAGCAACUAACAGUUCAAUUUUCAACACACUUUAGGUUCAGGAUCAGAAAAGACAAACGGUCAAACCCAAAACUCCUCAGCUGAUUUUUUUUUCUUUUAGCGAUAAAAUCAGGAGAGAGACGAGACUUUACGACUGUAACUCUAGAUCAGAGUCUGCUGUGGGGGGCCAGGACCCCACAGUGACGGUGGGGAUGCAGUCUGUCUCUCAGUAUCAAUAAAGUUUUUUAAUAUGGCAGGGUUCAGUGGCCUACGUCCCACAGCAGGCCUGGAUCCAGAACACUUCCCUGAGGGAGAACAUUUUGUUUGGAGGAGAGAGGAAAGAAAGCUGGUACUAUCAAGUCCUGGAGGCCUGUGCCCUGCUGCCAGACCUGGACCUCCUUUCUGCAGGAGACAACACAGAGAUCGGGGAGAAGGUCUUAUAUUCAUCUUAUACUGACCCCCCCCCCCCGUUUUAUACUGACCCCCUAACCCUGACCCCUCUAAUCCUGACACUGUAUUUCCAUGACCCUCCUUUAACCCUGUCUGUGGAGUUUGUCCACUAGAGGGCAGUUGACCCACUUGUCGUCUGUGUGACCCUGUAAAGUCUUCGUAUCAUUGACGGGUUUUCCCUGACUCCAGGGUCUGAACCUGUCGGGGGGGCAGAAGCAGCGGGUGAGUUUGGCUCGGGCGGUCUACAGGAAGUCCGAUGUGUACCUUCUGGACGACCCUCUGUCAGCCGUUGACGCUCAUGUGGGACAUCACAUUUUUGACCGAGUUAUUGGACCCAGAGGACUCCUCAAAGACAAGGUGAGGCCCCUCAUCGUUUGUCCUUUCAGAAGAGGAACCAAAGACUCUGGGAACCUUUGGUCUGGACCAGGUCCACCUGUUCUCUCCUGAGACUUCACACAGCAGGAAUUUCCAUCGAGGUCGGUUCUGAUUUCCACACGUAAACUGUCUGACCAGUUAAACCAGACCCAUCUGGUACUGGGCUUCCUCUGGUUCCCAUACUUCAGAGCGUAGGUGAUCGAGGUCCAGCAGACCAAGUCCAGAAAAGCUGAGGGGGGUGUUUGGGGACUGGGACUGUUGAAUCGGAACCAGCAGGGUCAGGAUGUAGACCUUAGAACCUUUUGGGAAAAAAAGGCCCUUAAAAACAGCAGACAAAGCCUAUGAAAAAAAAAAAACUACAAGACCCGCAAUCCACCUCUUUGACCCACAGGAACAGGAAGAUGGAUCUUAAUGAACAGGAGGUCUGGCUUUGCUCGGGGUCUGUCAGGUGAGCUGCAAGUGGAGAUGACCAAGGAGAACUCUGGAGACUGAUAGGAACACCAAAUAUGGAUUUGAGAGCAGGUCCAGACUGUGUCAUGGAUUGGUGGGCUCUGAGGGGCUUGAUAGCUAGAAGUACUUGUGACCACAGGAACCUUAGUGACCCUGUUUUGUUCUGGAUCCCCCGUCAGACUUUAAAAACCGUCUGUGGAGAUCCUCUGCGCCCGUGAGAGGGGUCACCUUCAGGUCUGAACCUCAACAGAGACCAAACCAGCAUCAUGAGGAAAUCUGUUCAUUGUUAUUUUGAGUUAAAGUUCAAGUUUUUACGAAGAGUCUCGGUCACAGAAACAUUGGUUUGUCAAUAUAGUGGGGGCCCUAAGACACAUUUUACUUCAAGUCAUGAUACAAAUAUCCCCUUUGGUAUGGAAGUACCUUAGGGGCAUAGGAAACAUUUUAUCCAAAGAGACAAGUUAGAUCACCCUUCAAUUUUUUUUAUAUAGCCAUUUUAAAAAUGGCCGCCGCCGAAAACCGCUAAUACACCAGACCCCGUAUCUUUGCUUCUGUUGGAGCUAUAAUCAUAAUGUUGGUGUCAAAGUGCACAUUUUUGGGGUCUAUGAAUUCAAUUAAAUAGGUUUCAUUGCAAAAAACCCAAUGCUUCAUUAAUUACCAUGACAGUGGGGGGUAAAAUAUGCUAAUUUCAUGAAAAAAUGUACGUUUUAAGAGGGUAUCUUAAUCCUCCACCCCUCCCCCUAAACUGAGAUAUACUUUUCCUUGGGCAUGGAAGUACCUUAGGGCCAUAGGAAAAAAAUUAUCCAAAAAGACAAGUUUGAUCACCCUUCAGUUUUUUUAUAGACAUUUUUGAAAAUGACCACCGACAAUAAACUACUAUUACACCAGACCCCAUAUCUUUGCUUCUGUCGGAGCUGUAAUAGUGAUAUUGGUGUCAAAGUGCAAAGUUUUGGGGUCUAGGAAUUCAAUUAAAUAGGUUUCAAAGCAGAAAACCCAAUGCUUUAUUAAUUACCAUGACAGCAGGGGGUAAAAUAUGCAAAUUUCAUUAGAAAAUGAACGUUUUAACAGGGUAACUUGCCCCCCACCCCUUCCCCUAAACGUAGAUUUACUUUUCCUUUGGAAUGGAAGUACCUUAGGACCAUAGGAAAUAAAUUAUCCAAAAAGACAAGUUAGAUCACCCUUCAUUUCUGAAAUACAUGGGUUUACAAAUGGCCACCAUCAUUUAAGUAAUACAGCAGAACUCACACCUUUGCUUUUGUAAAAGCUAUAAUGAUUAAAUGUGUAGUAAAGUGUACAUUUUCAGGAUCAAGGAGUCCAAGUAAGUAGAUUUCAAGGCAAAAAAAACACACAAAAAAAGAAAACACCAAUAGUUUUUUUCCUAUUAUCAGAACAACACCUGGUGAAAUAUGCCUAUUAAAAUGGAUGCAAAUACUACUUAAUGUGUAAUGAACACAGAACAAGUUUGUAUCUACGUUUCAGACUUUAAUUGAGAUUUACAAUUCAAUGGCUCCACAAUGGGAGCAUGUACCAUCACAUUCACAGAGAGACAUGCAUGGCUGCCUCUGCAUGCAGCAUUUGCAAGGUGGCUUACACCUAAGGUAAUACCCUUGUAUUAGGUUAUGGUGCUAGGGUAAGGUUUAAGGUUUUUGGAGUUAGGGUUAAAAUCACUGUCCAAAACCUUUGUAGGAACUCUUUUCCAACCUUUUGGAGUUAGUUAGACCCAAAAAAAACGAAAAAUGAAAAAAAAAUGUUUGGGGUGUUCAGGCUUCCUGAAGGUAAUACCCGGGUUUUAGGUUAUGGGGCUAGGGUAAGGUUUAAGGUUUUUGGCGUUAGGGUUAAAAUCACUGUCCAAAACCUUUGUAGGAACUCUUUUCCAACCUUUUGGAGUUAGUUAGACCAAAAAAAAAGAAAAAAGAAAAAAAAAGAUAUUUGGGGUUUUCGGGCUUCCUGAAGGUAAUACCCGGGUACUAGGUUAUGGGAAUAGGGUAAGGUUUAAGGUUUUUGGCGUUAGGGUUAAAAUCACUGUCCAAAACCUUUGUAGGAACAUGUUUCAGACCUUUUGAGUUGGUUACACCAAAAAAAAAAAUAUAAAAUGAAAAAAAUAUAUUUGGGGUGUUCGGGCUUCCUGAAGGUAAUACCCGGGUAUUAGGUAAUGGGGAUUUGGAAAGGUUUAAGGUUUUUGGCGUUAGGGUUAAUAUCACUGUCCAAAACCUUUGUAGGAACUCUUUUCCAACCUUUUGGAGUUAGUGAGACCAAAAAAAAAAGGAAAAAUAAAAAAAAAAGAUAUUUGGGGUUUUCGGGCUUCCUGAAGGUAAUACCCGGGUAUAAGGUUAUGGGGCUAGGGUAAGAUUCAAGGUUUUUGGCGUUAGGGUUAAAAUCACUGUCCAAAACAUUUUUAGGAACAUGUUUCAGACCUUAUGGAGUUAGUGUUCAGGAUUCCUGAAGGUAAUACCCGGGUAUUAGGUUAUGGGGCUAGGGUAAGGUUUAAGGUUUUUGGCGUUAGGGUUAAUAUCACUGUCCAAAACCUUUGUAGGAACUCUUUUCCAACAUUUUGGAGUUAGUUGGACCAAAAAAAAAAGAAAAAAGAAAAAAAAAUAUUUGGGGUUUUCGGGCUUCCUGAAGGUAAUACCCGGGUAUUAGGUUAUGGGGCUAGGGUAAGGUUUAAGGUUUUUGGCGUUAGGGUUAAAAUCACUGUCCACAAUCUUUGUAGGAAAAAGUUUCAGACCUUUUGGAGUUAGUUACAACAAAAAAAAAAUGAAAAAAAUAUAUUUGGGGUGUUCGGGCUUCCUGAAGGUAAUACCCGGGUAUUAGGUUAUGGGGCUAGGGUAAGGUUUAAGGUUUUUGGAGUUAGGGUUAAAAUCACUGUCCAAAACCUUUGUAGGAACUCUUUUCCAACCUUUUGGAGUUAGUUAGACCCCAAAAAAAAGAAACAAAUAUUUGGGGUGUUCAGGAUUCCUGAAGGUAAUACCCGGGUAUUAGGUUAUGGGGCUAGGGUAAGGUUUAAGGUUUUUGGCGUUAGGGUUAAAAUCACUGUCCACAAUCUUUUGCGGAACAUGUUUCAGACCUUAUGGAGUUAGUUACACCAAAAAAAAAAUUUUUGUAAAAUGACAAAGAAAUAUUUGGGGUGUUCGGGCUUCCUGAAGGUAAUACCCGGGUAUUAGGUUAUGGGGCUUUGGUAAGGUUUAAGGUUUUUGGCAUUAGGGUUAAAAUCACUGUCCAAAACCUUUGUAGGAACUCUUUUCCAACCUUUUCGAGUUAGUUAGACCCAAAAGAAAUGAAAAAUGAAAAAAAAAAUGUUUGGGGUGUUCGGGCUUCCUGAAGGUAAUACCCGGGUAUUAGGUUAUGGGGCUAGGGUAAGGUUUAAGGUUUUUGGCGUUAGGGUUAAAAUCACUGUCCAAAACCUUUGUAGGAACUCUUUUCCAACCUUUUGGAGUUAGUUAGACCCAAAAGAAAUGAAAAAUGAAAAAAAUAUAUUUGGGUUUUUCGGGCUUUCUGAAGGUAAUACCCGGGUAUUAGGUUAUGGGGCUUUGGUAAGGUUUAAGGUUUUUGGCAUUAGGGUUAAAAUCACUGUCCAAAACCUUUGUAGGAACUCUUUUCCAACCUUUUCGAGUUAGUUAGACCCAAAAGAAAUGAAAAAUGAAAAAAAAAUGUUUGGGGUGUUCGGGCUUCCUGAAGGUAAUACCCGGGUAUUAGGUUAUGGGGCUAGGGUAAGGUUUAAGGUUUUUGGCAUUAGGGUUAAAAUCACUGUCCAAAACCUUUGUAGGAACUCUUUUCCAACCUUUUGGAGAUAGUUAGACCAAAAAGAAAUGAAAAAGGAAAAAAAAUAUUUGGGGUUUUCGGGCUUUCUGAAGGUAAUACCCGGGUAUAAGGUUAUUGGGCUAGGGUAAGAUUCAAGGUUUUUGGCGUUAGGGUUAAAAUCACUGUCCAAAACCUUUGUAGGAACUCUUUUCCAACCUUUUGGAGUUAGUAAGACCAAAAAAAAAAAGAAAAAUAAAAAAAAAAGAUAUUUGGGGUUUACGGGCUUCCUGAAGGUAAUACCCAGGUAUUAGGUUAUGGGGCUAUGAUAAGGUUAAAGGUUUUUGGUGUGAGGGUUAAAAUCACUGUCCAAAACCUUGUAGGAACAUGUUUCAGACCUUUUGAGUUGGUUACACCAAAAAAAAAAAAUAUAAAAUGAAAAAAAAAAAGAAUUGGGGUGUUCGGGCCUCCUGAAGGUAAUACCCGGGUAUUAGGUUAUGGGGCUAGGGAAAGGUUUAAUGUUUUUGGCGUUAGGGUUAAAAUCACUAUCCAAAACCUUUUUAGGAACAUGUUUCAGACCUUAUGGAGUUAGUUACACCCAAAAAAAAAUUGUAAAAUGAAAAAGAAAUAUUUGGGGUGUUCGGGCUUCCUGAAGGUAAUACCCGGGUUUUAGGUUAUGGGGCUAGGGUUGCAAAUAAUGAGUUCUGGCAAGUCCCUUGAAACAAUUGCAGUAGUAGUGUACAGAGGUGUGGGUGCUUUGUCUGGGGAAUCCUGCUGCCAUCCCCACUGUGAGGGUUAGACAGUAGCAGCUUCUUUGACCAGCAUAUUGCCCCAAACAUGUCCACUAUGUAAAGAAAAUUACGAUCAGUGAUAUACUUUAUGACAUUGAAAUAGUAUUCCCAUAUGUAUGGCUGUCUUAUAUCAUUACCUGAUAAGCUACUCGGAGGAGGUGCUGAUGGAGUGCAUGACUGCUUGGUGGCAUGUGAUCAAAGUCUCUUCCUUUGUGAAGGAAAAGGGAGAGUUCAGCAGCAUCCACAGUCCUGAUGUCGUCCUCGGACACACCAUACAGCUUCAGGACAAAUCUCUGGAGUAUGGGUGUGCAGGUUUUGAUCAUCUCAGUUGUAGGGCUAGGGCCAGAGAGCAGCUGAAGAGGCAAGGUCAGUUCAGGCAUGGACUGCCACACAGACCAGGCUGUCUUCUUGCCCUUGCCAAAAAAAGCUGAGGUGGUGUCCCACCCUGUUAAAGCAUGGAAUGCUGCCAGUGCCAUUGCCUUUGAUGGUCCCUAACUAUUUACCUACCUAUAGGUAGUUAUCAAUGUUGUGCUUGUUGAUGAUAUUGGCUAAUAAGUAGCUAACUACAGGUAGUUAGUAACAUUAUACUUACCGCAAUUCAAUAAUAGAGUGAAGUUAAAAAAUAGAAAGCUAACUAACUAAUUGGCAAGUAGCUAGCUAGCUAGUUAGUUAUUUAAACAACAUUAAAAUGUUCUGUAUUAAAUGGGAAAGUAAUACAAACCUCAAACUGAACCUCAAAGUGUCUCAGAUUUUCUGUCACCUCUGAUUUCAUCCAGCUGUCACAGACCCUGGUAUAGAAUUCAUGUUUUGUGGCAGCAACUGGCUACAAGAGGUGUAACACUCAGCAGUCAUCCAGACAGAUCAGACAGAGACACAUAGAGUACAUAAAAGGUUGUACCAUUUUUCUUUUCUUUCUUUUUUAGGGGGGCAUUUUAAAAGUCAUCUUUUUGACACUUACUUUGUUCAUUAUAUAUGUAUAUUUUACCCCCAUUGUGAGGGUAAUGAGAAGACUAUAUAUUUUUUAGUCUGGAGACCUUUUCAUAUGGAUUCCUUGACCCCAGAAAUGUACACUUUGACACUAAUAUUAUUAUUGUAGCUCUCACAGAAGCGAAAAUAUGGGGUCUGGUGUAAUAGUAGUUUAUUGUCGGUGGUCUUUUUUAAAGAUGUCUAUAAGAAAAACUGAAGGGUGAUCAAACUUGUAUUUUUGGAUUUUUUUUCCCUAUGGCCCUAAGGUACUUCCAUGCCCAAGGAAAAGUAAAUCUCAGUUUAGGGGGAGGGGUGGGGGGGUUAAGUUACCCUGUUAAAACGUACAUUUUUUUCAUGAAAUUAGCAUAUUUUACCCCCCACUGUCAUGGUAAUUAAUGAAGCAUUGGGUUUUUACCCUAAGGUACUUCCAUACCAAAGGGGAUAUUUGUAUCAUGACUUGAAGUUAACAGCUUAUUUUUUGGUUUUAGGGAAUCCACUAAUAAUCUGAACGUCAUUAUUCCAAUAAUGUGGAUCAGCUGUUAAUCUAAUAACAUGUGUUUUUACUAUUCAGUUCUAAUCCAACACAUGAACAUUUUAAACUGUGAUGUUUGUUUUUCUGUUUGUAGACCCGGGUGCUGGUGACUCAUGGACUCAGCUUCUUGUCCAAAGUGGAUCUAGUCUUGGUGAUGGACCAGGGUCAGAUCUCUGAGAUGGGCUCCUACAUGGAGCUGAUGGAGAGGAAGGGAGCUUUUGCCAAACUUAUCCACACCUUCAGUGGAAACCAGCGUAGGGAGUUCCCCACACCCAAGGACAGGGGUACGAAUUUUUAGACUCAAAUUGAGACUUAUCAGAUGGACAAACCUGGAGGAGGUCUGAAGUGAGCUGAACGAACCCGGAAACUUUGAACUGAAGAUUUUAUAUUUAGAAAGUUGGUGAAAACUUUGAUCAGUUCAGAUAGUUCAGAGGUGGGGUUUAUGACCUUAACUGCAGCCUGUCACCAGAGGGUGCUGUUCUCAGGAAGGCUUCACCCAAGAGGAGGCAGACGGCGUCUAUUCUAUAAACAGUCUAUGGGCUCUAUUUUCGUGCCUCGCCAGAGACGUGCCGCAGGCGCAGCGUAAGUCUGGUCCGCCGCGCAGACAAGGUGUUCCCAAGCACAAUUUGGUAUUUUGGUGAGAGGUGCAGCCCGGCGUAAAUAUCCCCCCUCCCUAACUCAGCUCCUCCCAGUGGCGUAAGUCGUAGCGAGGGAGGAGAGAGGGCAUGGAGUGGGUUUGACACAGCCAAGACCUGUAUUGACCAAUAACAUCAGCUCCUCUCCUCACCUUUAAAUCUGCCACCGGCGAGGCGUAUUACUAUUUUCGUGAAGUAGUCAAAGAGAUCAAGAGAUGUCUGAAGACAGUAAUGCCACAUGAUGGCGACAGAAGGCAGCUUCUCAACAAGUGUCGCUGCAGAGGGCGUCCUCCACACUCUCUCAUAUGAGCACAGAUGGAUUUGGUGUGUGUAAUGUUGGACCCACUAGUAAGACAAACAUCCCUUUCCACAAAUUAAGACACUCACAUAAAGUUGCACAUAUUCAAACCUCACGUGACAUAGGUGUGUUGUGCACACAGAUCAUAAAUUCCAAAAAUGGCAUUAAAAUCGGAACCAUCUGUGCGUAAUGACGCAUCCAUGGUCUGGCUCUUUACCGUAUUUGGCUUAAAGUAAAUAACUCAUCUAAUCACUGAAACAAAUCAUCAGGACGGGAAGAGGACACAGAGACAUGUCCAGGUCCGGCUGCGCGAGAAAUAAGAGGAAGAGGAAGAAAGAAAAGGAGGGAGACGAAUUACAUAUCUUGUUAACUUCAUCAUGUGUGUAGAUAUUUCAAUUUAAUUUAAUGCGGUUUCAGUUGUGUUGAUUCGGUCAGGUUGUGUGUCCAAACGCGUGCAAAACGCACUCAUCAGAUCAGAUAUAGAUCAGAAUAUAUCUAUAUAGAUCUAAAUGUAUGUGCUGACUCAGAUUAUUAGUUUUUGUCAAUUAUUUAUUGCACUGAAAUGUGCCUGACACUGUGGAAACCUGCCGGUGAGGCAUCGGUGACGUAUGCCGAUAAGCCGCCGGUCUACCAAAAUACCACUAGACCAGCACUCGCCUGCGCUGAAAGCUGACCAGGUUUGAAUCGGCAAGCUUUCAGCGCACUCUAUACGCUGGUGGCGAGCACGAAAAUGUCACUGUGCCCGCUGAUUCUGUCGACACCUCCCCCUGCCACACCACCACUCCCAGCUUGGCGGAUCUCGGUGCCCCUCAGUCCACGAAAAUACCAAACUGGCUGUACGCCAGGCUCCGCCAGAGGAAAAUACAACUGCGCGGGGUCCGCCAUCCUCCGCCGCCUCACCAGCGUACAUGAAAAUAGAGCCCUAUGUCUCAAUUUAGGGUCUGAAAAUAGCUGAGGACACUGCUGUUCUGUGGACUAGAGUACCCUGGGUCAGGUGGUCCGGUUUUUGUGAAUUGGGACAGUCUACCCUUCAGAGGAUUUCCUGGUUGAGUUACCAAGUGUUCCCGCCCACAGGCUCGCGUUACGACUGACUUGAAGGACUGUACAGAUUAUCUGCACAAAAUUCAUACAAUUAUUGUUUUGUAUGAAGGAGUAUGAGGGUAAUAUUGAGAGUUUUUUUAUAGACUUAAUUUAUGCGAAUAAAGAUGUAAGGUUCCUUGUUAUUUCAAAGGAGUUGUUAAAAUUAGGGUCAUGAAGCAUUUUGCUUCAGUAUAGGUUUGAAAAUGACCCGUUGAUGUAUCCACUGAUAACCCUGCAGUUGACCAGCUCCACCCAUUUCCUCCUCUAUCAAAGCAGCUUAAUGACUUUAUUUACUUAAUGACUUUAUUUACUUUAUUUACUUUAUUUACUUUAUGACUUUAUUUACUUUAUUCACUUUAUUAAUUCAUUUACUUUAUUUACUUUAUGACUUUAUUUACUUUAUGGAUAUAUUUGCUUUAUGAAUUUAUUUACUUUAUGACUUCACCCUUUCACCUGCUACCAAGUGAAGGGGUGAAGUUCCUGAACCCAAACAUAAGCGAGUUUCCUGUCAAAGAUACAAACAGAUUCAAAGUCACCCUGAUCCGAGAUGGGGGUUAGGUCUGUUCUCACAUGAACUAUAACACUAAAACACUUUUUUUCGUUUUUAUGUACAAUUAUGAUUGCUGCUCAUUUCUGUGUGCGUGUGUGUGUGUGUGUGUGUGUGUGUGUGUGUGUGUGUGUGUGUGUGUGUGUGUGUGUGUUUGUGUGUGUGAAACCAUCUGUGUACAUAGUCAGGAUAGUGUGCGUUUGGAAAUGUUUAUUGUGUGUUUUUGGUUGGCAGGAAGCAGGAAGUCGAUGUCUCGACUCAGUAUGACGGAUUUCUCUAUCGACCUUUCUCAGGAACAGCUGAUCAGGUAACAACACAAACUACACACUGACCACAUAAACAACAACACAAAAAAUACACACUGAGCUGACAAUAUAGGCAACCACACAAACUACACACUGUGCACAUAAACAACAACGCACUGACCACAUAAACAACAACACAAACCACACACUGACCACACAAACAAAAACACGAACUACACACUGACCCCACAUACAAGAACACAACAUACACACUGAGCUGACAACAUAAGUAACAACACAAACUACAAACUGUGCACAUAAACUACAACACAAAAUACACACUAACCCCAUGAUCAACGACACAAAAUACAUACUGAGCUGACCACAUAAACAACUCAAACAACACACUGACCCCAUAAACAACAACACAAAAUACACACUGACCACGUAAACAACAACACAAACUAUGCACUGACCACAUAAACAACAUCACAAACUACACACUGACAACAUAUACAACAACACAAACUACACACUGACAACAUAUACAACAACACAAAAAACACACUGAGCUUACAACAUAAGCAACAACACAAAGUACACACUGCACAUAAACAACAACACAAACUACACACUGACCCGAUAAACAACAACACAAAAUACACACUGAGCUGACUACAUGAACAACAACACAAAAUACACACUGACCCCAUAAACAACAACACAACAUACACACUGAGCUGACAACAUAAGUAACAACACAAACUACAAACUGUGCACAUAAACUACAACACAAAAUACACACUAACCCCAUGAUCAACGACACAAAAUACAUACUGAGCUGACCACAUAAACAACUCAAACAACACACUGACCCCAUAAACAACAACACAAAAUACACACUGACCACGUAAACAACAACACAAACUAUGCACUGACCACAUAAACAACAUCACAAACACUGACCCGAUAAACAACAACACAAAAUACACACUGAGCUGACUACAUGAACAACAACACAAAAUACACACUGACCCCAUAAACAACAACACAAACUACACACUGACCACUUAAACAACAACACAAACUACACACCGACCACAUAUACAACAACACAAAAUACACACUGAGCUGACAACAUAAGCAACAAAACAAACUUCACACUGUGCACACAAACACUAACACAAAAUACACACUGAGCUGACCACAUAAACAACAACACAUACCACAAACUGACCUCAUAAACAACAACAGAAACUACACACUUUGUUGACCCUAUAAACAACAACACAAACACUAGCCACAUGAACAACAACACAAACUACACACUGAGGUGACCAUAUAAACAACAACACAAACUACUACUAACACUGAAGUUACAAUUCUUUAUAAAAGGUUGUGAAUUUUAACAGGCCUUGCAGUAUUACAGUAUUUUCUUUGUGUUUGUAUAGUUGUGUUCACACGUGUGUUCAUAAUUGUGUUGCAGUUGUGAUAUGAACAGUGUUCAGAUGAUGGAGGAUGUUGAUCUGGAUGCUGGGAAACUUACAGAAGCUGAUAAAGCUCGGACAGGGAGAGUGAGUCCUGUUCACAAAUCUACUUUAAAAUUAUUAAUAUUACUUUAAAAUUAUACUUCUUUUAGACUUUAUAUCUUCUCUCUGAUCCCUAUUAAAUAUCUUAUCAUGAUUUUCAGAUCAUAAUCUGCCUCCUGUUUCUCACUCUGGUGUAUUAAAUUAUAAUUAUUUCAGCCCCCAUCUGAAACACUUUGUUUUAGCUGCUGUCUCUUUAAGUCCUGACCUUAAGAACUGACCCUUGAUAAACCCCUGUUGAUAACUAUAUUGGACACUUCUCCUCUCCACGAUUCUCUAAAAGAUCUCCCUGUGAGAUAGGACCUCAACCACUGGAGGGCAGAUCCUAUGAUACCAAAUGAAAAGAGUGUGGCGAGGAGGAUUUGGAGACAGAUCCAACUGAUGACGGACCAUCUGCUUUAGCCAAACACAACGAUUCCGUUACUGACAAGAGUGCAGUUUCAGUAGAAUGGCCCUGCCUAAAGCCAGACUGAUUCAGAUCAACUAGAUCAUGGUUGUGCAGGUAUUCUGAGAGCUGGUUGAAGACUGUGAGCUCUUGAAUUUUCUGUAUAUAAUGAAAGGAGUGAGAGCGGCCUGUAAUUAUCAACCUGAGGCCUGUACUACGAAGCUGGAUUAACACAUCCAGGGUAACUCUGCGACAACUCGCUCAACUUCACCGGAUCUCCGCGAUCCCGAUCAGCUUUACUACGAAGCCGGUUAUCAACUCGAUAAAUGAAUCCAGGUGUGGCCACUUCAGAUCUGUGCGCGCACACUUAAAGGGGGUGGGGUCAGUGCCACCGGACCGAUCUCCACAAUGGAGAAGGCUGCACUUCAUUUUUCACAGCCGAGGAACAGAGCAUUUUUUUAUGCUAAUACAAGGAGUACCGCAAUAUUAUAACAGUGAGGAGCAGGACAGCUGCACAUGUGUAAAUUACACAUGUGCGUUCACAUGGCCCCCUAAUAUAUUGUCAUGCAGCGUGUGUGAUCACCUACAUUAUUGACCUCAUUAUUUCAGAUCUUACAGCAGUGGGGGAAAGAGUACGUGGGAGCAAAUAAAAAUGAAUCUAAAAACAUCCUUUAAAGUAGUUUGUAGGUUUAUUGGAAGAUUUUAUUAGUACAUAUUUCAACGCGUAAACAGUGAUUUCCUCCCACUGCCUUUUUUCUUUUUUUCUCCAUCAUCUGAUGGUCACGUCAUCUGCAGACACAUUUGGGGUUACGAGUUUUCUAAUCUGCUUCAAUAAAUUCUGAAUGAUGACUGAUAUGCCGCAUGAAAUUGGAACCUGGAGCUUGGCAAAUGUUAGUGCAUUGCUUAGACUACCUGAAUAUUGAGGCUGUCCGAGGAAAACCUGUAAUGUUCAUAGAGAACGUCAUCAGGUAGAUCAAACAGAUUUGAACGAUCAUGAAUAUAAUGCUCUUGGCGAAGCGCUCCUCUCACUUUCCAUGCAACGAUGCCCCCGGGAUCCGGCAAAAGUGGGCAAGCCAUUUUCCAAGAGAUCCGAUUGGUCAUUUGGCGGUCUUGUAUACCUGCUGAGAUCUUAUCCUGAGACAUAACCUGCUCCGGAGCAGGUUCGGCAUUCCGCGUAAGUUACUGGGGCAAAGGACCCGAAUAAAAAGAGAUCCACCUUCAUAGUACGGAAAACCCAGAAGUUAUCCAGAAGUUAUCUUGCUAAGACCAAAUCCAGCUUCGUAGUACAGGCCUCUGGUCUGGGUUGAGCAUGGGUUUUUUGAGCACCAGUCUGAUCCUUGCUUGCUUGAAUACAGCAAAGAAAACUCCAGCAGAUAGAUAGGAGUUGAUGAUGUAUGUAGGGCCCUUUUAUGAGGGUAUUGAAUCAAGCGGACAGGUUGUGGGCUUAGAGGCAAGCAGAAGCCUGGUGACUUCGCCCUCACAGUGGGGAGAUUGAACUAAGAGAGGACUUACAGAAAGCUGAGUUGGUCAGACUCAGAAAAUUGAUUAGUGAUGGAGGCGACGUUUAAGUAAAAAACGAGGCAAAAUAGUGAAGGGUUGUGGGUUUGAAGGACAGAGUUGAAAGCAGAGAAGAGUUUAUGUACCUCAUUUACAGCACAGAUCUUUGCAUUGUAAAAUGUCUUUUUAGCAGAUUUUAGAGCCGAGGUAAAUGCUCUUCUGAUUGGCCACCUCUCAGGAGGCUUUCUGGAUGCUGGCUGAGCACAGAGCUCAGUGUUUUGGCCCCACCCCCUCUGUGUCACCCUGCUCUGCUGUUGGAGACACCUCUAUUGGAGUCAGGCCAUUCAACUUUGCUUGAAGCUCAGUUAGGAGAAACUUUGUAACGCUGACUCAGGCAUUUUAGCAAGUCCCAUGUUUUGAGCAGUAUACAUCUUUUAUCUCAGAUUACAACGAAAUACGUUUAUCUUCUGAUUUGAAACUUUCCAUACAUGUAUACAAGUAUUCAAAUUACCAUAUAUUAACAACAAAUCAGGAAAAUUUAUUUUGUAUUUCAAAAUGAGUCAAUAAAGCACAGAAAACCAUGUCUUCCAUUAUGUGGUCAGUUUUUUAUCAGUGUGUUUUUCCAUGGACAGGUAAGGCUUCAGGUGUACCAGGAAUACUUUAAAACCAUCGGCCUGACCUUCAUCAUGACCAUCAUCUUCCUCUGUGCCUUCCAGCAGGCCGCCUCGUUGGCCUACAGUUAUUGGCUGAGCUUGUGGGCAGAUGAGCCACCUGUCAAUGGCACACAGAGUCACCACGAGCUGAGACUCAGUGUGUUUGCUGCUUUGGGCUUCACGCAGGGUGGGUCAAAGGUCAUCACAGAGACAGACAGAGAUACAGGAAAUAGUAUUCAAGGUGGUUCAAAUGUCAAAUCGUGUUACUCAUACCAUCUAUACAGUUACUGUAUCUAAUACCUUGAAUUCAACAUCUUGUUGUCACGCUAAGAAACAGUCAUGCUGGAUGCUGAGGUUCUACUCUAAAAUAUAACCUGUGUCAGGUAAACAGCAUACUAAGGACAUAGACCUAAAAACAAUGAGACUUAACGCUCAUCCUAACAACCACAGUGAAGCAAAAACCAGCCUUAUUAUUCUGAGAGACAGCAGCUUGACGUGGUCCUCAACUGUCCUGUUCUGUUUUGAAAGAAGUAAGAAUAAAUCUAGGUAGGUAAGCAUGUUAGAUAAGGGGGUCUAGACCUGAGAUCAGGGGGUUAGGAACCUGAGAUCAGGGGGUUAGGACCUGAGAUCAGGGGGUUGUACCUUGGAUCGGGGGGUUGUACCUUAGAUCAGGGGGGUUGUACCUGAGAUCAGGGGGGUCAGGACCUGAGAUCAGGGGGUUUGUACCCUAGAUCAGGAGGUCAGUUUCAUUAAAUGGUUGAGGCAGGUCAUUGUCCCGAAGGCCAGCAUAAGAUUGGGGUCUUGCUGACAUCAGAAUCAGUUUUAUCAGCUCUGUGUGUGUCUGACUGCAACUUUUUUGGUAUAACCUUUGAACAUGAAAUGUUAGCAAUAAAAGGAGCAGAAGGGUCAGCAUGAGCAGCAAAGUGGCGGAUAAACUUUCUAUGGGGUGGAGCCUGAAUUUUGCUUUGAAAGCUGAGAAGCUCUGCAUAGUUCGAGUACAGAAGAGCAGAGGGACUUAGUUGUGUUUUUUGAGACAUGUGACUGACAGCUUGAAUUUAAUUUGUCAGUUACAUCUCUAUCUGAAACUAUUUUAAAGUUUGACUCCAGUAAACAUGUUAAUAAUCUGUCUGUGAGCUCCGUAAAGUACCAGCACCUUUAAACUAGUUUUGUGUAUCCUUGGUUCUAGGGAUGGCCAUGUUUGGGACAACACUUGCCAUUGCUCUGGCUGGUAUUGUGGCAUCAUGUCACCUACAUGCUGAUCUUCUGCACAGCGUCCUGCAUUCACCUGUGUCUUUUUUUGAGGUAACGCCCAGCGGAAACCUGUUGAACCGCUUCUCUAAAGAGAUAGACGCCAUUGACUGCAUGAUUCCUGAUGGUCUGAAGAUGAUGCUGGGCUACUUGUUCAAGCUUCUGGAGGUCUGCAUCAUUCUUUUGUUAGCCACCCCCUUUACAGGACUGGUGCUCCUUCCCCUUACCUUUGUCUACAUCUUCAUACAGGUAAAUAUUUCCUCUUAAUGUUACUCUGCUUUCUCUGAGAUCAGCUGAAGCUGACUGUUUGAACCUUUUAUGGUCCUGGUAUGCAGAGUUUCUACGUGGCUUCAUCAUGUCAGCUGCGAAGGCUUGAGGCAGUGAGUCGCUCACCAAUCUAUAGUCACUUCAACGAGACUGUGCAAGGUGCCGUGGUCAUCCGAGCCUUUGGGGAACAGCAGCGCUUCAUCCUGCAAGCUAACGUCCAUGUUGACCACAACCAAGAGGCUUAUUUUCCUCGUUUUGUCGCUACCAGGUUCACUCAGGCCGCUGAAAUCACACGAGGGUUAUGCUGUGUCCAUGUGGUUUGUAGUGAUGUAGCAACAACUAUCAGUUUAUCCUCUACAAAAUGAAGAGGUGUUGAUAUUCAAGGAACCAUCCUUAGUCCACUGCUGUUCCUCCUCACAGUCAAUAUCUGACAAACAACUUCAGGUGCAGCUCAGAAAUGUAGAAAGUCCUGUAGAAGAGAUCCUCUAUGGGGUUUAGGUCAGACCAGUUUGCUUGACAAUCAACCACAGUCAGGAAACCAGUUUCUGGUAGUUUUGGCACUGGGAGCAGGUACCAGGUCCUGCUGGAAAACUAAAUCUGUAUCUCCAUAAAACUUCUCAGCAGAUGAAGCAUGAAGGUCUCUAAAACCUUGUUAAAGACUUUAGGCAGCAGAUGACAUGGCACGUCAGAUCAUCGCUGACUGUAGAAAGUUCAUGAUGGACUUGGAGGACCUUAAACACUCAUGUCUUCCUUCCUUCUCUUGUUUUAAAUAAUAAUUCUGUGAACUUUUUGAAUGUUGUGUUUUCUCUCUUUCAGAUGGUUGGCAGUGAAUUUGGAGUUUUUGGGGAACGUGUUGGUUUUGGCUGCAGCCAUCCUGUCAGUGCGAGGUCGGGAUGAACUCAGCCCUGGCAUCGUUGGACUGGCAGUGUCACACUCUCUCCAAGUUAUAAUCUGUUCCUGUUUAAUCACUUUCUGCCCAAUCGUUUCAAACUGGAAAAGAUGUAUAAUAGAGUUUUAUUUCUCUCAGAGUAAUUUUGUUUAAAUAGAAAGCUUUAUAAUUUUUACAUUUCCUCAGGGGGAGUAAAUAUUCUCUGAGAACAUUUGACUAUUUGCUCUUAAAUGUUAGCAUUUUAAGUUAUUUUCCUACUUCAGUACAGACAUUAACAGAAGAAAGAGAGAGUCCUCUAUUAGUCCUACAAGGGGAAAUUCGCUUUACAGUUCAUCCUGUCCAAGAAUCAUAAAGUGGACAGGCACAUAUGGAACAGACUGGCGCCCCGUUUUUUUUUUGAGAAAAAGGAGAACAGGAGGGAUGAAGAGGGAUGAAGAGGGGAAAAAAAGGAACUCCAGAGUCUGAUCCUUUAAGCCGCGUUCAGACCAAACGCGACCAGGUCGCGUCGCGUCGCGUUGGUCGGUCAGGUCGCGUCGCGUGGUGCCCUGGUGUGUCAACACCGGGUCCAAAGCUGCAGUCGCGGAGGUCGCAGGUCGCGGCUGGUCGCCGAUGACAUCAUCACGUUAACGUCAGUAGCUCAGUUUUCAGUGCGACCAGUGUUGAAGAUGGACGACAUCGUGACCUGUGCUGCCGCAUACCUUCAUGUCCGACAUAGACGCCGCCGGCGUGUAUGGGUGCAUGAAACCAUCCGGAGGAGGACGGAGCUGGGUGAAUAUCACCGUUUGCUCCAGGAGCUCCGCCUCGACGAUGGCCGUUUCCAGCGGUAUUUCCGUUUGUCGACGGCGCAGUUUGAGGACCUCCUCGCCCGGGUGGGAAGCAGCAUCUCCCGCCAGGACACCAACUACAGGCGCUCCAUUCCAGCUUCGGAGCGCCUGUCUAUCUGUCUGCGGUGAGUAUAAUCAAGUAUAAUUAAUUUAAAAUGAGCAGAUACACUGGGCAAAUAAGGCAAAACUGCAACGUUUAUCAGCUUUCUGUACACUGAGUUCCUCCUGUGAGCUGCUCUUUGCCUCUGUCCUUUAAUAUCCAGUCAAAAUAAAACUUCUCUUGCACACACUAAUGUGAUUUAGAAAUUCUGUGAAUCUGAUCAAUUUACUAAAGACAGAUAAUAUAACUCCUGUGAAAAUAAUCCUAUCUGAUCAGACUGAUAAGGUGCUGCUGAAGAAGUAAACAGGAUUGGUCUGUGUCCUUUAUUUGAUCCACUCAGUAAAGUAAGAAGUUACACUGAAAAAUUUUACCCUUAACACAUUCAAUACAUACUGUAAAAAAAUUACCUGGAAAUCAAUUACUUUAAAAUGACCAGAUACACUGGGUGCUAGCAUAAAUGUUUGUGUCAAAGAGGAUUUAUGGACACUCAAAUCUUCGGUUACGUUUCUAUUUCAUAUGGCCUCAUAUUUUAAAUAAAAUUUGUAAUGAAAUUAAUUUUUAUGUGCUUUAGGUUCCUGGCUACUGGAGACUCCUUCAGGACCAUUGCAUACAGCUUCCGGGUUGGAGUUUCCACCGUGUCGGGCAUCGUGGCAGACACCGUGUCCUGCAUCUGGGAGUGCUUGGUGGAGGACUUCAUGGCUGUGCCCACCUGUGAUGAGUGGAGAUCCAUAGCACAGGGUUUUGAGGAGCGGUGGAACUUCCCCUUGUGUUGUGGUGCAGUGGAUGGGAAGCACGUGGUUCUGAAGGCUCCUGCCAAUUCAGGAUCACAGUUCUAUAACUACAAGGGAACAUUUUCUAUUGUUCUCUUGGCAGUUGUAGAUGCCAAUUAUUGCUUCCGAGUGAUCGAUGUCGGAGGCUUCGGGAGGACCAGUGACGGGGGGAUUCUGGCCAACUCUGCGUUUGGUCAGGCCCUACGUUCUGGCUCCCUCCAGCUGCCUCCGGAUCGGUCACUGCCUGAAGCUGAACACAGGGGACCCCAACCUCAUGUGUUUGUUGCAGAUGAGGCCUUCCCGCUCCGGAGAAACCUCAUGAGGCCGUAUCCAGGGCGCAGCCUCCCCAGAGAGAAGCGCAUUUUCAACUACCGGCUGUCCAGGGCGCGGCUGGUGGUUGAAGAUGCCUUCGGCAUUCUUUCCACUCAGUGGAGGAUGUACCGACGUGCCCUUGAGGUUUCUCCAGAUGUUGCAGAGAAGUGUGUGAAGGCCACCUGUGUCCUUCAUAACUUCCUGCGAAGGUCUCAGCCUGAAGCUGCCAUGGGGUUGGGUGCCAUCACAGGUGGUGAGGAGCCUCAGGCAGGGCUGGGACGUGUCGCUUCAAACAACCCGUCCCGGGAGGCCAUCGCAGUCAGGCAGUCCUUCACCGAGCACUUCUCAGCUGAAGGAGCAGUCUCAUGGCAGGAUUCCAUCUAGUGCACUGCACCCCCACAACGGUUCUUUUCAGAGCCACCACAAACAACUGUUGAGCAAAUGUCCUACAUAUAUGUACAAGAAUGUCUCCAUAACUGUGUCUGUGUCCUGCCUCUCAUUCUGCUCAGAGUACUGCAAGAUACACACACACACACAGACCCUUUUUAUGCACCUGCAAAAACAUGCUAUUUACAUAUCCGAUAGGAAUGCGGAGGCUUCCUUUUGCCCUAGAAAAAUUUAAAUUUUUAACACAACUUGGCUGGUCAUUUCUCCAAAACACAACCAUGAAGCGCCAUCUAAACCUGAAGCAGGCAGUUGCUGCAUGUACAGUCACCUGAGGGGAGUGAGGUGAGUGCUUCUGAGGACAACAUGAGCAGUGAAGAUUAACCUUGGAGCCAGUACAGGGACAUGCACAUGAUUAUACUGGGGCAGGGGCUCAAUUUUUUUUCCAGUCCCUUAUACAAUAUGGAAAUUAAUGUAAAGUGAAAAAACUAAGUACUAAUUGAAAGCUAACGAGUGUCCUGUGUAGGUGAAAGUGAUAUGCAAUUGCCAUUUCUUUUGUGUCAACAAACUAUUGUCAACAUGACAUGAUCAAGAUGGUAAUAUUUCAAACACAGAUUACCUACAUGCUGAAAUUACUAUCUAUCUAACUAUCUAUUUACUAACUUUAUUUCAGACCCAAUAAGUCCAUAUCAUUCAACAAGAUCAGUAUUAUUAUUAUUAAUUUGUUAGCCCAGACAACAGUAACGGUGUCAUUACAUUUUAAGGGGUGCACAAGGGUUAAGUAAAGUUUAUACAUCGAAGCACUGCAACCUAGUUAUUUUACUUCAUGACUGCAUGUUAAAGAAGGAAACAAGGCAAAGUUGAGAAAACUUUAUAAUAUUUAUAACAACAAAUAUAACAAUAAUAAUGUAACAAUAAUAGUACUUUUUAUAACAACAAAUAAAACAAAUUUUUGAACGGCUGCAACAGCAGAUAUAAAAAUAUAAUACAAUAAAAAAUUUCAACUAUAUACACAAAUUUACAAGUUGGAUGGGGGGGGGCAUGGCUGAAACAGAGGGGCCUGGCUCGUUCCCCCCCGAGGCUGUCACCCCAGCUAAGGUUCCACUGGUUCCAAAUUCUGUGUCAAAUCCUGAGCUUCAAAAAUUAAUUUAUAAAUUUGAAAUUUCACUUGCUCCUUAGCCUGGGGUGACAGCCUUGCGAGGGAAGGAGCCAGGCCUAGGAGGAAAUGCUCCUCCUCGGUAUAGCGAGGUGUGGGUGGUGGUGGUGGUGGUGGUGGUGGUGGUGGAGGGGGAGUCUGCUGCCUCCUCAGGGCCUGACAGAGGAGCUCCUAAAUCUCCUCCAGUCGUGAGGAGGGAGGCGUCCUCCUCUUCCUCCCUGUCAUAAAAAAAAACUAAUCGGUUACUAUUUGUUUUAUAAUUUCUAUGUGACCUUGAGCAAUUUCAUUGAAUAUAUGGUUAAUAUUUAAUUUCUAUACCUCUUGGCCUGGCUGCAGUGGGGCCCGAGGCAUCACCUGCCGCAGUUGAGGGAGCAGGAGAAGUUGACGGGGCAGGAGAGGGAGCUGGAGCAGGAGAUGGAGCUGGGGCAGGAGAGGGAGCUGCUGCAGGAGAGGGAGCUGAAGCAGGAGAGGGAGCAGGCUUAUCUUUAGUUAAAGUUGUGACAAAAAUGUCUGAAAUCAAAACUCUGCAAUCAGGCAACAUUGUUAUUCAAAUAAAAAAUGUUCACACAUUACAUGUGCAUGACUUGAUCUGUCCAUCUUAAAUUAGACUACAAUGGUGUGUUUAAACCAUGAGGGGACUCAAAUUUAUUUGCUAUGUUUUUCACUCAUCAACCAACCGUCAAACUCCACUCCUGAGGGGCCUGCUUCCUCCAGGUCUUCAGGCAUCCCAGCAGAAGAAGCAGCAUUUUCUGCGGUGAAGUCUUCCUCGACCUCCCGAGACAUGUUGCUUGACGUGUCCCUCGGGGCAAUAAAGGGGUCGAGGAAGGACAUCACCGCAGUGAAACGCCACUUCCUCUGCUGGGAGGCCACCGACCCGCUUCUCCCGCCUUCUUUCUCCCUCCUUUUCUCCCUCAAAUAAACGUCCCGCAGCCCCUUCCACCGCUUGCGGCACACAUCCACUGCAAAGACACACACACAUACGUUGAAACAUGUAGCCUAGCAUACAGGGGCAGUUAGCUAUGUUUUCAUAAAACUGUCCGCUCACUGAAAUAAAUACACAAACAAACUUACCAGAAAGCCCGACAUCAUGGGCCACCUUCACCCAUGCCUCGUCCUUGGAGGUGCGGUCCCGGUACAGUCCGCACCCCACGUCGUACAGGACCGGGUGAAAGCUUACCGCCGUAAUUAGCUGUUCCUCCAUUGUUUGAUUUUUGAUUUUCCCCUCCUCCUCCUUGCUUCACCGGUUUGUUGACGUCAGCAGAGCCCUGAUUGGCUGUCGCGGCACGGAGUCGCGGCUAGUCGCUCCCAAAGUUCAAAUAUUUGAACUUUGGGAGCGACGCGACUUGGCGUCCUGCGACCUCGGCGACGCGACCAUGCGCGACCAUGCGCGACCUGGUCGCCCGGUCGCGCAUGGUCGCGUCGCAGGAAGCCGGCGGUCGCCAAGUCGCGUCAGGUCGCGGCUGGCCAUAGACUUUGCAGUGGGAGCCGUCGCCAAGUCGCGUCAGGUCGCGUUUGGUCUGAACGCGGCUUUAGAGGGACACAAUGUGGGAUUAGGGAAAAACACUGCAGCACAUAAGCAACAUAGUAAAUAAAAACAUGACAACAAAACUCAAAGGUGUGUGUGUGUGUGUGUGUGUGUGUGUGUGUGUGUGUGUGUGUGUGUGUGUGUGUGUGUGAUUGUUCUUCGUGUAUGUGUAUUUGUAAGCCUGUGGCAUUGUCUCCACCUCAGUCCCUCCCAAAUGUCUCAGCCGUCUGAUAACAGGAGACAAUCUUGGAGAGUUCUGAUCCAGAAACAAAGUUCACUGGAGGAGGGGGGUGGCAACAUUCUGCAUAACAUCCAGGAGAGGAGCAUUGGUGCCUGUUAUCAUAAUUCGAAUUAUGUAGACGUCUUCCUCAACAGAAAGAAUCGACAGGCACACGACCCUUCACUUUUCCCAGGAGUCCACCCAGCUGCAAAUGUUCCUUCAGGGCAGGCGCUUCUCCUUUACCCAGUUUUUUUGUUGAGAAAAUUUAGUCGAUUGCGUUGAGGAUCAGCUGAUCAGGUCCAUGAUUUUAGGUUUGGAGUGAAAUGCAGAGAGAGGAAUGAACCCAUAUGUGACCAGUUUGUCCCCUUUGUGUUCCUGUUCAUAGAGGGGGCUACAGGCUCCUCAGCAGCAGGAAGGGUCUGGAUUAAACUGAGGACAAAGUCCAAGACGUCACUUCCUAACAGCUUGAGUCUCUGGUCACAGAUGGAAAUCUGUUCUCCUGGUUUCCUCAGGACAACAAGGAAUUCCUGAAAUCAGUGACGAUGCUUAUAAACUUUUCUGUUUUUGUAGGUAACAGGAAUUCUGAGCUGGAUUGUUCGAUCCUGGACUGACGUGGAGAACAACAUAGUUUCAGUGGAAAGAGUAAAAGAGUACGACACCAUGCCCAAAGAGGUCUGCUGCUCAAUUGGAAUAGCUUCUUUAUAGAAAUGUUUCUCCUGUAUCAUCACAGUAUCCAUGUUCAAACAUAUUUUUUUAGCUCGAAAGCUGUUAACAUGAUUUGUGAGGGGGGCUGCAUUUGUCCCUCAGGCACCUUGGACGUUAGAAGACAGUUUUCUGCCAACAGCCUGGCCCACCACAGGAAACAUUGUGUUUGAAGACUAUGGCCUUCAGUACCGUAAAGGUUUGGACUGGGCCUUAGAUGGCAUCUCCAUCAGCAUACAGGACAAAGAAAAGGUCUGCAAAGAGUCGAUUAUUAAUGUUUGUAAAAUUGAAAAGUCAAACCCAAAUGUUUCAAGUAGAAAAAUUUUUAUAACAGGUUUUAUAGCUGCUGUCAUGAUUUUUUGACACAUGGGGCUCUCUUUUCGUGUUCGCCGGUGAGGCGGCGGAGGGUGGCGGACCCCGCACAGUGGUAUUUUUGUCUGGCAGAGCCCGGCGUACAGCCAGUUUGGUAUUUUCGUGGACUGAGUCGCACUGAGAUCCGCCUGUCUGGGCAUAGUGGCGUGGCAGGGGGAAGUGUCGACAGAAUCAGCGGGCGCAGUGACAUUUUUGUGCUUUCCACCAGCGUAUAAAGUGCGCUGAAAGCUCGCCAAUUCAAACAUGGUCAGCUUUCAGCGCAGGCGGAGCGCAGCUGGUCUAGUAGUAUUUUGGUAGACCGGUGGCGUAUCGGCAUAGGUCACUGAUGCCUCACUGGCAGGUUUCCACAGUGUCAGGCACAUUUCAGUGCAAUAAAUAAUCAUCAACAACUAAUAAUCUGAGUCAGCACAUACAUUUAGAUCUAUAUAGAUAUAUUCUGAUCUUUAUCUGAUCUGAUGAGCGCGUUUGGCAUGCGUUCAGACACUCAACCUGACCAAAUUAACACAGCUGAAACCGCAUUAAAUUGAAUUAAAUAUCUAGUAAAUAGACACACAUGAUGAAGUGAACAACAUAUGUAAUUCGCCACCCUCCUUUUCUUUCUUCCUCUUCCUCUUAUUUCUCGAGCAGCUGGACCUGGACAUGUCUCCGUGUCCUGUCCCCGUCCCGCUGCAGCUGCUGCUGCGGCGGCUGAACAGAUGAUUCGUUUCAGUGAUCAGAUGAGUUAUUUACUUUAAGCCGACAUAUACGAAUAUUAUAAUAUUCAGUUUUGUGAGCCAAAUCUAUUUUAUAUGCCAACCUCUAUGAAAGAAAGAGCCAGGCCACAGCGAUGCGUCCUUACGCACAGAUGGUUCCGAUUUUAAUGCCAUUUUUGAAAUUUAUGAUGUGAUCUCUGCGCACAACCCACCCUUGUCACGUGAGGUUUGAAUAUGUGCAACUUUAUGUGAGUGUCUUUUUUUGUGGAAAGGGUGUUUGUCUUACUGGUGGAUCCAAACUUACACACACCAAAUCCAUCUGUGCUCAUAUGAGACAGUGUGAAGGACGCCCUCUGAAGCACUUACAGUGACACUCGUUGAGGAGCUGCCUUCUGUCGCGAUCGUGUGGCAUUACUGUUUUCAGACAUCUCUUGAUCUCUUUGAUUACUUCACGAAAAUAGUAAUACGCCUCGCCGGCGGUGGAUUUAAAGGUGAGGAGAGGAGCUGAUGUUAUUGGUCAAUACAGGUCUCGGCUGUGUUAAACCCACUCCACGCCCUCUCUCCUCCCUCCCUACGACUUACGACGCUGGGAGGAGCUGAGUUAGGGAGGGGGGAUACUUACGUCGGGCUGCGCUGCUCACCGAAAUACCAAAUUGUGCUUGGGAAUGCUGUGUCGGCGUGGCGGACCUGACUUACGCCCUUGCUGUGUUGCCGGCGAGGCAGGAAAAUAGAGCCCAUGGACUUGUUUCUGAACAUCUUUUACAAAAAAAAAAAAAGAUGUCAUAAAUAUAUGUUGCCUUGUCAAUAAAUUGUUAUCUCUCAACAGAUUGGGAUUGUUGGGAGGACAGGAGCUGGGAAGUCAUCUCUGGCUUUAGGAAUCUUUCGGAUUCUGGAGGCAGCAAACGGACGAAUCAUCAUUGAUGGGAUCGAUAUUUCUCAGAUUGGCCUUCAUGAUCUCCGCUCCAGAAUAACCAUCAUUCCUCAGGUCAGAGCUUCAGAUAUCUGCUCCAUACAGCAGGCAGGAAAUAGUUCUAAUUACUCUAGCAUCGUGUGUUUACAGCUGGUGAUAACAUUAAUAUUUACUGUGAGUCUCAGUUAGACAUUUUAGGAUGUGGUUCUGUUCUCCCCUAGGACCCGGUUCUGUUUUCAGGUUCUCUGAGGAUGAAUCUAGACCCAUUUGAUUCCUGCUUAGAUGAGGACUUGUGGAAAGCUCUGGAACUGGCUCAUCUCAGCAGCUUUGUGUCCACACUGCCACAAAAACUGAACCAUCAGUGCUGUGAAGGUGGAGAGAACUUCAGGUAGAUCCAACUACAAAACAGACCAGCAGCAGGUUUACCUGAAGACAACAGAGAAUCACUCUGUCAUAUUUUGACUCAUUUUUGUCUUUGUUUUCUGAUUCUACUUCAAUGAAAUCAAACAGAUUAGAACAAAUUCAACUUUUAUCAGGAAUCUAUGAUACAUGUCCUUUAUCGGCCCAUAAAAUGAUCAUUUUAUUUUAUAAAAAAAAAAAAAAAAUCAGAUUAAAAUCUGAUGACAGAGGCCAAUUCUUUAUUCUUGACCUCACAUUCAGACUCUGUGGGUGGCUUUAAGUGGUCUGUCAUCAUGUAAAGCUAUAUAUUUCUAGUUUUAGUUUUCAUUUACCCAAGAUGAAGUUUAAUUGAUUUUUGUCUUUUCAGUCUCGGUCAGCGGCAGCUGCUGUGUUUGGCCAGAGCACUGCUGAGAAAGACCAGGAUUCUGGUUCUUGAUGAAGCCACAGCUGCUGUGGACCUGAAGACAGACCAGCUGAUUCAGUCGACGAUUCGUAUGCAGUUUGAUGAUUGUACCAUCCUAACAAUCGCUCACCGCCUAAACACCAUCAUGGAUUACAGCAGGUACAUCUAAGUAGCUGUGUUUCCUUACCCAUAGGAACAAAGUCUUCAUGUGGUUUUCUAGUUUUUUUUGUUCUAAGUUUGAAUAAUUGUUUACAUUCUAACAUCUCUGUUAUGAAGAGUAAGUAUCUCCUCUUAUGAGUCACAUGUAUCUUCACAGGGUCAUUGUGAUGGACCAGGGCUCCAUUGCAGAGAUUGACUCCCCCUCUCAGCUGCUCCAUCUACGGGGUCACUUCUAUCAGAUGUGUGUUGAAGCUGGUUUGGUUUAAUAUUAACACAGACAAAAAAUAGAUGGCUUUGUGCUCAUGAUUGGUACUUUUUAGAUGUUAGUACCCCAGUACCCUAUUGAUAGGUCCUCAUACAUUCCCAGGGUUUCCCCUACAUGCAGUUUGUUAGGGGGAUUUUCUUUAACCAGUCAUGUCAGCCUUUAGAGUGGUGGAGCUGUGUCACUCAAAUACAUCAGAUACUUUGGUAGAUUUCUGGAGCCAUAGGCCUCCGACAACUAUCCUCAACAAGGACCUUGUACCCAUGCUUAACAUCACUUGGGCUCCCAAAAUAUGUUGUGCUUUGUUAUUACCUUAUAUGGACUCUCCUUUAGGUCAACAAGAUGCA